AUGAAAGUUACAUGUCUGAGAGGAUUUAACUACGACUUCCCUGAAUAUGGUGAGUACUCUUCUUCUUUUGUAUCUCUGGUAGAUAUGUUUUAUUAGCUGACAGUUUAAGGUGUGUCUUUAUCUCUGACUAAAUAUACUGAGAGGGGAAGUUCAUGAUUAAACUAUGUGCCAGUCCGUACGUAUACCCAAGUGUUGCGACACCCUUAUUUAUAGCUCUUUGACAUGCCCAAAGGUGACUGCAAUAUCAAAUAUUAUUGCCUGUUUCUACAGCUUACAGCUCAAGACGCCGUGUAACAUGCAGUACACAUGUUCAGAAAGUUCAUACAGCCAGUUUCAUUUUCUGUUGUCAGAGUGUAUUUCUCUUCUAGGGCAUGAGACGACAACUUCUUCUUCUCAGCCUUUUAUUUCUCUUCAUCUGUGUGUUUUUCUGCUUGUUCAGUCCCUCCAUCUAAUUACAUGUUUUUGAUUCAGCCAGCCUUUACAACUGUAGAAAUACAGGUAUUGGGCUUACCCAGAGAGGCACUGGCAAUGCCAUUAGGGUACACUGAAUGGCCUAAGGGUUUGUUGCCAAGGGGACAAAGCAAACAAACUGUUGUGUUGCUUUUGUUGUCACACAUGUAAAGGGAACAGGAGUAGUACUAACACCUUUCCAGGUACUUAUAAUUAAUGUGUAAAUACACGGUGCCUCGCUGUGUGUUACAUAAAAAUGUUACCAUUCUUAUUCAUCAGACGAGUCACAUGUUUGCUAAACUUAUUAGUUUGUAUAUUUUUAAAUGAUAAAAUUAAGUGAUUGUUCCCGUUAAAACAGCUUUGUAGAGUCCACACACCUGUGACUUUUUAAAAUCGCAACAGAUCUAUAACUGUCAGGUUGACUACAGUCUUUCUGUGCGUACUUCUGGGAAAGCAAACUUGUCCUGUUAUAACUGGCUUACACCUCAUACUCAUGAGUGUCACUCUCAUCCACGCUUUAACUGAAAGAAAGGUUUUGUGUGUGUUUAAAAAUAAGUCGACUUCAUGUUCAUGUUUAGUUCUUUCUGUUUUUGGCUGUACUAUAGGCGCGUGUGCUCUCUGUUUGCAUGCACUCAGUAUUGUCCUCCUUCAUACGUGUGUGUGUGUGUGUGUGUGUGUGUGUAUUAAUAGUCAGUCUGUAUUUUGUUAUUUGCACUGUACAUACAUUUAAGUCCUCAGUACUAAACUUGAACUUUUUAUAAACAUUAUGCAUUUUUUUAAAAACUUUAAUAGUCUGCUUCAUCUCAUAUCUAUAUGUCUUAUUUUAAUCACUUAGUAUAUUAAUAUCCAGAAAAAUGUUGAGGGGAUGUGCUUUUAAUAGACUGUUACUUUAAAAAAAUUGCUAUGUGAGAGUUAAAAAUAAGAAAAAAACAUGUUAUGAAAAAUAUUAUUAUGCAGAUUAAUUUUAUUUGUAUGUUCUGUCUUUUUAGAAAGAAAAAAAGGAUCUGUAAUUUAAACUUCAUUCUGGCUGGUUUUGCUCCAGGCUAUUUCAGCUACACCAGUAUGCAACUUCUGUGCCUCCUCUGUGUCUUUUUUAGACUCCACAGUAAUUUUCCUAAUAUCCCUGCUCACCAUUAAGGACAUUUGUAGGUUUUUAAGCUUUUUAGUUUCUACAUAUUAUUAAAUAAUUUAGAACAAAAUAAAAUAAAAAAAGAUUCCGUUACAUUUUUAAUCAAACUCAAAGGGAAUGUAUAGUAGACCACUAUAACCACACUGUUUCACAAACACAUGAGAGAAGCACAGGAGGGCUCAGCUAUGAUGUCUGGUUAUUUAAGGUGUCCUGUACUAUAGUUUAAAAUAACAACAAACACGCACAAGUGUAAUCGUGACACACCCUAAUUUCAAACUUUUCGUCAGCUCGGAAAAUGUUUUUCUACCCUCCUAUGAGUCAUAAUGUUGAUUACCUUCUCCCUCACUGAGUUGUCUCAUUAACCCUUUGUGGCCCUCUCCAUCUUUUACGGCCUUCCACAAAAACCAGGAUGAAACGAGGGAGAAAAACAAGCCCAGUUCUGAAGGCCCUCAAUAACCUUUUAUCACAAUUUAGCAAUAACCUGAAUCAAUUUGAUGUCUUAAGCAAUAAAAUAUGCUGUUGCACUCCUAUUUCUGCUGCUCCUCGGAUGACAGUAAAUUUACAUUUUUUAAUUAAACUAGCUGGAAUUUUUAUUAGGGGGCUGGGCUAUGCUAAUGGGAAUGUUGUGUACAGCAGAUUAACAGAGUUUUGAAAUAAAUUUAACAGGGAGACAUUUGGAGGAAAAAAAAUGCGAGUCAUUGUCUUUAACCUCUUUCAUGCCGAUUUCUCCUGGGGGAUCUGUGUAUUCUAAGGAGCCUUGUCAGGGAAGAGUGCUUCUCAGCAACGAGGUGAUUAGUAUCGCCUUGUCAACCGAGGAAAAACACCUCCAUUCUCAAGAUUUAUUUUUUAACACCUUUUUUAGAAAAUAAAAAAACAUUUUUCUUAUUGCUGAUAUUUGCAGUUUAAAACAGAAAAAAAAUUAAUUAACUCUUUUGAAAUGCAUAAAAAUUAUGUGCUUCAAUAAAACAUUUUUGAAACGUUAAAAUCAGAAUUCUUCUAAAUUUUAUUUUAGGAGUAAAAACCCUUUUUUGGUGAUUCUUCAAUUUAACUUUCCCGUCAAAACUAACACUUUAUAAAUGUCGUUGGUUUUACACCUAAAACUGAGAAGAACUACUGAAGAAGAAGAAGUGUCAAAUACAGUAGUUAAUAGGAACGUAUAUGUUUGUGUAGUUUUAUGGUCCGCUCUCAGCAUUUGAUUGAUGUUACACAAGGCUGUGUGUUAUGCCUGGUUUAAGCAGAGUGGCAGGGGAGAGAAAGGGGGAACAUAGACAGCAGACAAGAGGAGGGUGUUGUGUGUGUGUGUGUGCGUGCGUGCUAGUGUAUGUGUAAGAGUGUGUGUGUGUGUGUGCGUGUGUUUGUGUGUGUCGGGGGGGUAGACAGAAAGAGAGGGACAGCUGAGUCCUGAUUGAGCAUGUGCCCAGUCAUCAGACACAAGCCACCCAACACCGUAAUUACCUUAACCCCUGUCUUUUAAUACCCAAAUCACACCAACUGGCCUUUUUUCCCCGGUAGAAAGAGGAAACAUUAGAGAUCAAACGAUCAAAUAAACUCCAGAUGCACGUGGGCUGCCAUGCAUCUUGCCGCAGUAGCCAAAGUGUUCAGGGCUACUUGAUAUGGGCCAGGAGCAAGGCAAGUGGCAUCACCACCCCCUUUCUUCAAUCCUGUGCACUCAUGCAGUGGCCAGCACCUAAUUAAAACCUCAAAGCUCCCCGUCACCAAUCUGGAGUAAUGGCCUAAUUAAUACUCGGUGAAGAAAUAUUCCGGAAUGAUAAACAGGUUGCACCUUGGGUCUUCAUUGCCUUUAUCAUCUUAAAUAUAACGGGCUAAGUUUUAUUAUCACAGAUAAUGCAUGUUUGUUAAACUGCUCUCUGCUAAAAUGAAGGGAAAUUGAAAUGGUAAAAUUAUCUUUUUAAUUAUACUAUCUAAAAAGGAUGGCAGUUAAUUAUAAGUUAUAUCAUUAUAUCAAGACAUUUUUUAUCAUGUAUUAUUUUCUUUAAAAAAAAAAAAAAAAAAAGGACAGUCUUUUCCCUUCAUAUUUCUUACUCACAUUUUUCAGUCUUACAAGCCGAAAAGAAAUCUCGCUGCUGAAUUUGCCGUGUCAUGUAUUCCUAUAAGCAGAGUCAAGAGAGAAGCUUCCGGUGACUUUUUUUUUUCUAGACUCAAUUUCCUAAUCUUUUAUAUGAAAUUAUAAUUUCAUGCAAAGUAAGGAGGCAGAACAAUCUGAAGUCGCUGAUAUGCAGUAUAAGAGGGGAAAAGGGGAAAAUGAAGAGGUAAUUAGCAGAGUGGAAGACUUUGCGCGUUUGUCUGAAAGCAUGGUCUCCGCUGGCCAUGAAUGAAUUUGCAUGCUUCGCUUAUCGAAACACACUUAUUAGACCAGCUGAAAGAGAGAUUAAGCUGACACAAAAUGUGGUGACUAAUCCUUUUAAAUGUGGCAGGGGGUCUUUAAGGUGUGAAUCAGCCCAUCCGUAGGUUUGUGAGCACGGUGCGUGACACUACAACUUUCAUACUUCCAACUUUAUGUGUAUCAAAGCAGCCGAUGUAGGGUUAACUAUAUGAAGAAAGGACAGUGAUUGACAUGGGUAAUAAACUGAUAGUUUAUCUCCUGACCCUCUUAUCUGUCGAACAAAUACAGCAGGAGGGGUCAGGUCAGGUUGAUACUAUGAUAGAGGCACGUUGUGUGGUCCAACAUCACUAACUUUCCUGUAUUUUAUCAAAAUUGUCACUUUGUUAAUUUAAUCCUAAAAGCAGCAUAAAAACUUCAAAGAUAAGCAGAGAAGGUGUUGUAAAAUCUGACUUCUCACUUAGCUACUAAGCGAAACGCAUUACAGUUUGAUUUCGCUUUCACCUUGUCUUUGACAGGAAUUCAGCCCCUGCUGUACUUUCUUGUAUUUUUGACAGAAUGAAAGGAAAAACAAACAAACAGCCAGCCCGGUUUUUAAAUCACCUUCACUGUAAGUGAGAAAAUGUUUGCUCUGUGGAGUUACAGAGCCAAUACCCCUGUCCUCCUCUGUAAUUGACUGCAAACAGCAACGUAGUGACGUUUAAACACUGCCCUCCUCUCUCUGCUGUGUCACACACAUACACACACACAGACUCACAUACACAUCUUGCACACAGUCCCCCACCCGGCACCCCUCAACUUCAGGUUCCCCUUCUGCCGUGUGUUUUUUCAUGUGACAUUCUAUUCACUUGGGUCAGUAGCAGGCAGCAGCGGCAAUAAUUACUGUCUGUACAUGAUAAAUCUGAAGCCCAGCUGUUCAUUUCUGUCACUGCCGAUAGAGACAGAAAAAGAGGGAGAAAGAUAGAGCUGAGCAGGGGGAGGGAGGGAGAGAGAGAGGGGGAAGAGCUCAGGAGUUUGCAGUUUGCCGGGUUUCUUUCCUUUUUUUUUCACUUGGUAACUUGAUAGGAUUACAUGGUUCUAGAGCCCACACCUGUUAAGAGGCUGUUAGCAGAACAGUUGGCAGUCCCAUAGCCACAGCUUCGCCUUUUUCUUCUCUCACUGCUGUCCUUUCUCUACCCUCUUUUUGUGAUUUCACCCCACAUGUAUGACAAGAGUUUAUGUCUCUGGGCUCGUGUGUGAAGGUGGGGACACGUGAGCUGUUUUGUGUUUGAUGUUAUAGCGCAUACCCCACACUUCUCUCUGUGCGCCUGUGUGUGUGCGCGCGCGCGCGUGUAUAUGUGUGUGAAAGAGAGAGAGGCCAGGUCGCCUGACAUCUCUUUUUCCCUCCCUCUCCUGAGACACGUUGUCUGCCAUCAGUCGUGCUUCCCUCUACGACCUCAGUCACUCUGGAGCCGCCCCCGGAACAACGUAUAUACAAGUAACACGGCAGCAAACAAAGAAAGAAUUCAAUUUAGUUUGUUUUUCACUUGGGUGGGGGACAGGUGUUGGCAGAGUUGUAAAAUGCCCAAAUACAGGUUAAACCAGACGAUUUAAAUGAUUAAGGGUUAGGUUGAGAACGUUUGUGCAUAUUUUAGGAGUGCCAAAGCCCUGCUGUCAAAUUAGAAAUACUUUAGAAAGGAGUGGAGAAAUGAGUAAUGCGUCAAAUUUGUAGCUUGUUUUCUCUUGUUCUGCUUUAUAAAAAUAUAAAAAAGCCUUGAAUAUUUUUUUUAACACAGGAGCAUAUUUUUUUGGGUACAGUUUGUGGGGAAAUCAGUGACACUCAGACGUAGAAAACCGCACUACAGUGGCUUGUUUUGUGCCUUGGUGCAGCGUGUCUCACUGCCUUAUUUGGCAUUCAGCAGCAACCCAGCUCUUAGGCUUCGUCACUUUCUGUGGGCCCUCAGCACCUGUUCCCUCUAUUGUGUUGGAAUUUUCUAUAUUUGGCAAGAAGUUCUCCUCUCUCAAUUGGUGUGCAGGUCGAUGUUUUUUUAUAGUUUGAGAAAGAUUAACUUUAAUUCCUCCAAUGUCAUUUUUCUUACUCAUCUGCCGUUAUGUGCAAUGUGAUUCAACUUGAGAGGUCUAUGCCACAUUUCUCACCAGAGCAUCUAAGUGUCAUGUUGUCCCUUGCAUGUUAUUGACACGUUGCAUUGCAAGGAGUUCAAAUAAUCCUGGGUGUAAGGCACAAGAGAAAUAAAAAAGAGCAAAGUUAAUAGAUAUCUCAAGCUAACUUUUAAUUGUUCUGAUAUGUAAUCGCUAAAUGACAAUAAAAAAGGGAGCAGAGCCACUUUAAAAGCUUUAUCUCUCCUGCUCUGUGCCCAAAGUGUCAUGUCCAUAACAGCACCAGCUGAUCUACAGAGUAAAAUAACUGCUAAGGCUUAUUGUUUGGACAAUAUUGGAGGCCCCCCCUCGCACCCCACCCCCUUCCUCCCCCCGCUGCUUCUCUCCCCUCUCCCUUGAUUCAUUUCACCCACUGUCCUCGGCUGCUGGAAAAUGGCGUUAAUUUUUUUAUUACCUGUUUGACUCUCCAGCCUUAUUACUGUAGCCCCUUAAUGUUCUCUGUAACCGUGGAAACCAGAUGAAUAAAUGUCCGCCAAAGAAAAUGAGAUGAUUAAACAGGUCACCCUUGCAAAACAAAUUCGCUUGGUCGAGCGCAAUUUGUGUACCAAGCGGCUGUCUUAACAGUUUGCUAACAAGGGGAUUGUUUGCCAGACUAACUGACAGAGAAGGGAGGGGGAAAUGAAGAUAUCUGGGGAAAAGGAUAUGAUUGAAGAGAUAAUAUUUUAGAUCUCUAUGCUAUUUGUCUCAUCCUUUUUUUCCCCAUGAUAAUGCUGCAUUUGUGUUUGAUUGAAAACUCCCAUUUUGCUUAUUUUUUUAAUCAUAAUUAGAGCAGAAAGGAGCACUUUCUCCUUUUUACCGUGCAUCAAACCGGCAUUUGACAAGUAACAUUUAAGUUUAAAGCAGCCAUCCGUAUUAUUGUCAGAGGCAUUUGGUUUGUGAUCAUCAAAUGUGCAGUAGCAAAUAGAAUUUCCCUCAUUUAUGUGGCAACCAAUCAUUACUGCUAAUUGUCCUUGAGGCCAUCUGUAUAGGAAGCCUCGUCCUCUGUUGGUGUUGAAACCGUACUGGUCAUGGAUUUACUGGUCCGAUAAUAAUAUUUAACUCCUCCAACCUCUAUAGUCAGCACAAAACACUUCAUGUUCACAACUGCAGUAAUAAAUAAGAAGAAGGAGGUUUCCUAUCUCAAAUUAAACAGUAGCUUCAACACCAUCUUGGUUUCAAAGUGUCACUGAGUUACUUUCCCAUGAUUCCCCUGCCUUUCUUUCCACUAAGUGUGAUGUUCUCAUAUGACUUGUUUUAAGGGAAGCUCUCUGACAACCAUAUGAACCGUCUGGUGUUUUCAUCUGGGAAAAUAAGAGACUUGGCGGGGCAGAUUUAGCCAUGUAACGAUAGGGCAAACAUGCAGACUUGGAUUGGAAUCAGAACUGUGUUGCCAUUCUGACCACAAAUCAUAAAUGUCGGGGACACGGCGGUGGUGUUGUUUAUGGAGGGAUGCCACGCUGCGCCACUCAAGGGUGUUGCCUGUUUGCAUUGAUGCACCACCACUACUUAUUGCCUCUUGCUUUAAAACAACUUCCGCAUCCCACUCAGCCCAGCCAUUUUGUCCUGUUACCAAAGCAGAUCCCAAAUAUUCACCGCAGCUUCAGCCUCAACUUUAAGCGAGGGGGGUUGUUGUUCAAAGCAGGGCUGCGGCUUCUUUAAGUCGCUUGUGGGACAGAAGAUGGCGAGAAGAGUUUUUCCACUGGCAGACGGGUUAUUUCAUCCCAAUACAGGGACACUACAGCUCAAAACUGAAAAGCACUUAUGCAUUAUUGAUGUUUUAAUUUGUGCAAAUGCCCAAGUCUUUGUUAAGUGAUUAUAGUGCUGGGGAGAUAACAGAGGAGGUACUUCUCUAUGAAACAAGAGCUUGCUUGCUGGCCGCUCUGGGAAGCCAUUGGACUAAAUCUAACAAGUCGGCGCUUCUACUCAGCUUCAUGCAAGAGGGAGGGGGGGGGGGGGGGUGGACGGGAGUGAAGAGUUGACUCAAAAAUAUCAACGUGUCCAAGAUAAGGGAAAAUUCAGCCGUUGAUCUUUUGUCCUUAUUUCAGCUACACCUCUCCCGUUUAUGAUGUUAGGUUUAUAGUUCUUUUACAUCCCUUAUCAAAAAUUAUUUGAUGUAAAUACAAUGGAUAUGACCUGAAAAGCCCCAUGUGUAAAUACUCCUCGUGGUGUACUAGAAACUGACCUUGGGAGAAGAAUGCAAAGUUAUAACGCUUGCAAAACAAGCCAAUAAAAUAAUACUGGGUUGAAAGGGGGAGUUUGGGUAAAUACAAAAGGGGGUGGAAGAGAAGCUUAUUUUCCCUGCAAUGAUUAACUCAGAACGAAGGUGAUCAAGGUUGAUAUUUUUUUUAAACUGUAAUUUAUGCGAUUGCCUGCUUUAGCAACCUGACACUGAUAAGCACUGUUGGUAGGAAAGGUUGAAGUAUUCCUCAUAAAAAACAAAGUGGUUUGUAUAUUCAGACUAGGAGCUGAGCUGAGAAGAUUUUCUUUCGUAUCCUAGUUGAUCCGAUCUCCAACUUCAUCUCAGAUCAUUGUCACUGGUGCGUAGAAAGCCGUGUUUCCUCCAUUGUGCUGUUUGGUGUCUGGGAUGGUUGUUCAAACUCGGCCUCAUCUGCGCUGCUUCCACACCUGCAGCUGUUCACACAGUCCCCUUCCUCCUCCACCUAACGCAUGUAUAACCUGUGAAUUAUGCUCUAUUCUCCCAGCUCAGGCUGUAUUAAUACAGACUCUAUCAAUGUCAGCCCAUGAGAUAAGUGUCUUAGUUUUGGCUUUGGUUGCAGUAUAACUCAUUCUCUUUUGUUCACUGGCUUUAUUCUCACUUUAUUCUUUGGGAAAAUCUGCUUGAGUGUGGAACCAGGCUUUGCCUUCUUCUUUGAGGUCCCUGAUGGAGGUAAAACGCAAGAGCAUGUGUGUGCUCAUACACACGUGCCUGCACACACACAUACACACUUAAACACUCACACAGUAGGCUCUCAGGCUUCCCCAAGCAUUUACUGCUUUAUUAAGCUGUCUCAUGAACCCACUAGCAGAACAUGAGAAUACAGGAAAAAAAGAAAAGCCCAUAUUACUUAGAUGAUUUGAUGUCAUUUGUGGACUACAAAACACUAGGCUUUAUUGUGUGCACAGGGAGAAAGAGCACGCGCAGGGAAAAAAAAGAAGUUGGCUUAGAAAUUCAGAAUUUCAAUUAGCGUACGUAAUCUGAACCUGCCGGCUUUGAUAGAGGCUUUUUUUUCACUAAGAAUACAGCAGCACUUGUAAAACAUUAAUUAAGCAGACUUGUUUUUUUAAAAGGAUGGAGUAAAGUGUUCUUUAUGCAGUCCUUUUUCACCGAACAAAAGGCAGUUACCUCACAGAGAGGACCGCUUCACCCAAACCGUUUGGUAAAAAAGAACCAUUUAAAUAGGAGAAACGCAAAAAAAAAAAAAAAAAGACACACUAUUGAGUGUUAUGUUCUAAAGGAGAUGAUAUCAUAUGAGCGCUCAGCCUUUUGCUGAAGAAUAGAAAUGUAUCCUAGCCUCAGUGAAACCUAAGCUUGGUGUAGGAAAACGAGCCCCUAUUUUAAUGACUUUCUACCUGACAGAUGACUUAAGACAGCCUUUUGGAUCAAAUUGCUCUGACUUUGUCUCUUACAUCAUCAAAGCAUUGAUAAUUAAUAGUUUAUAUGAAUUGUUAAUUAAUGAGUAAUAGGAGUUAUAAUGGCAAAAUCCUCUUAGAUAUUAAGUCCAUUGUGAUGGUUUGUGGUGAAAGCAUAAUAUAUGUGUUACUGCUGCAAGGGAGAGCUUCAAUUUUCCUGAGAUGUCUGUAAGUUAUUUGGUUGGUUUAGCUUCAUGAUACUGCCAGCUCACUGCACUGCAUUACAGCUCAUUCACUUGCUUUAUUCUUAUUUUUCAUGAAGACAUCAAGAUAAAAAACAAUACACUUUUAUCCCCAGUGGAUCAUUUACAGAGGCAUAUAAUGGCUAAGAUAUGAACACGUAUGUUAAAGGUGAUUUUUUUCCACUUGUCAUUGCACAGUAGAGUUUUCCAUUUUUGAAUAUAGAAUAAAAGAGAACUGAAAAGAAGAGCCCCUGUUCUACAUUUGCACAUGCUUUUGUAUAUUAAUUUUCCACACACUAUUGUAAAUCCUGUUGCGGUGGGUGAUGAGUACACAUACAGAUGAUACAUUAAAACUGCCAUAACUCGCACACCCAGCAAAGCUAAAAAUCAAUUGGAAUGGAUAGUUAAGCUGGCCCCUAAAAAUCAAUGAGCAAUUCAUGUCCUUGAUCACAGAGUGUCAUUCCUCUCAAUGUUAGAGGCUGAUGAGGGCUGAAUAUACACACACAUAUACUCCCAUUCAGCACAAAUGCACAGGAAAACUUGCAGGCACUGAUACUAUAGGUUAAGAGUAAAUGAAACUCCAGGGCAAGGACAAAUUUUAAUGGUCUUGUAUUUUUAACAACUUCCCUUUAAAAGAUGAUAACUUAUAUACCCCAGUGAACACAGUUUUCAGAACUAAAUGACAUUAUAGAAGAUUUCCUUUGAAACAUAUUGACACAGUGUCAAGGGGAGGCAGAGUAUUUUGUCAGGGCCAGCUGGUAAAUACAACAUUGUGGUCAGUUCAUCAAAAAUAGCAGGGAGUCAAAUUUCAAAGCUCAUGUGGUUGUUUUUAAACCAUGCAAAAUGUUGCAAUCCAACGACAUUGUACACCAAGCCUGGAAAAUAGAGAUGACCUUACAGCCAUUACAUAGUGGGGGCACAAACACUCUUUUUACACACACACACACACACACACACACACACACACACACACACACACACACACGUUUAUUUACACCAUGGGUUUAAAUGUAGGAAGAGGAGAGAGAGGCAAUAGCAAAAUGAAAGGGAUGAAAAUUCUGUGUUUCAAAAUAGCAAUUUUGCCCUUAUUAAUGCCAUUAGUGUAACAGUCAUAAUAGAUCAAAUCAUCAGAUGACCGAAGCAACUCCUCUGUCUCUGCGCUAUGACGGGAUCAUGUCGGAAACAAUUUGGGCAUUUUGUGUUGAUGAGUGAAGUUUCAAGUGCUGUAGUAUCCUGCAAACUGCCCCUAAAUCAUGUCAUAGUUCCUGUCUUUUUCUAUUUCUGUCUUUAACUCCAUCUUUUUUUCCCCUCUCCUUCUCUAUUUUGCUUUUUGUACACAACUAAUGAGACACUUUUAUGACUUUUGGACAUCAUUUUCUUUUGCCAACGUCUUUCUUUAUCAGCAGAAAUGACCCUUUUGUUAGGAACUGCUGUAUUUUUAACCUAGAUUUAGAUAAUGGCACUGUGACAGUCAUAUUUUGCUCCUGGGCUUUUCUUCUUUGAGGCCGUUUGUGUCACUCACACUUUGUCUCAUUCAUUAUUGCCAAUUAUAGCCACACUGACCAAUUCAGAGUAAUGCCAACCCAGGAAUUAUGUCUGUGCUGUGACAUAUUUCAGGUUCAAAUCCUAACGUCUCUUCAUGGAGUCUUAACUACAAACUGUGUUCUCCUUAUUUGUCCACAGAGUCUCUGACAUACUGGUUUCAAGUUAGCAGUUGCUUUGCCGUAACAGGUGGUCAUCUUUUAUGGUCUGUUACUCUGGUAACAUUUGAAAGGGUCAUUCAGCACACCAGCUAAAUACCUCAGAUUUGGGGAGAGGAGAGGGCCUUCAGAACAGUUGUCGCCUGUCAGGAGGAGCAGAGAGUCAUAAGGAACAGUCAAACACUUGCUCGUCCCCUCGUCGAGGUGAGAAUUUUCCAGCAGCUGUCACUCGGCCUUUUUACCUCGCGUGUUUUUGGAGGGUUGUUUUUUUCUCCUCUUUUCCAAUAAAGCAGAAAUGAAUGUUUGUGGCAACUGGAAAGGGGGAGGGGGAACUUCAGCACUGUGCCCUGUCACUCACAAUCUCACCCGUGUGUGUCCUCCUCUAGAACGGUUACAUGUCUCAUCAGCCGCCAAUCAUUAGGAGAACGUGAGACAAGCUGAAUUUCAGGGACUUUCUUCUUGUUAUUCAACGGCUCAAAAGGAGCUGCUGGUUUUAUUUUAGCGUCUUGAGUCAUGAAACUCUUUCUGUUUGGCCGUGUACAGUAGCUAUGAAAUGAUGUGUUGCCUCUGCUCUGCUCCCUCUCCCAGACUUCUCUCCACCAUCCUCUUUUCCUUUCCCUGUCUCCCUUACUCCCCCUUUCUCCCCCCUCAAUCCAUCUGCAUCAUGUCGAUCUGUCAGACUGCCAGUGUCUGUUCCAAUUAGAUUCCACUUAAUACACGUAACCUCGAUUAACACGCAAUCAAGCCCAGAUAAAUCACGUCCUUUAAGUCCCCCCCUCUGCCUCUCCUGUGUUGCUUUGCAUCACUCAGUUUUUCCCAACAAGCUUUCCUCAACACAGUCGUUGGUCUCAAUGUAUAAAAUUAUAAGCUGACUGCACGGGCAGGUAAACGUUGAAAACACCCUCAGAGGUGACAUUUUACCGCACAGACAGGUGCUUUUCACCUCGAACCGAAUGCACGGUCUUACUUUGUGUCUCACUGCUAUUCUGAGUAAAGUGAAUCUCCUCUUGCGUUUCCUGCAGACUCUUGUUGGUGCCCUUCUCACCCCUGAAGAUGAAGGUGUCUUAAUUACAUCUUUGGUUAAAAAGCUACAAAAGACACCCUGGGCUUUCUCUACAUUGCACAAGGCUGUGUAGUCUAUUGUCUCGGUGACCUUUUUAGCUAGCGGACAAUUGGUUUGACUAGAUUACAAAUUAAGACACAGCACCAAGCACUUAAAAAGCAAGUCUGUUAGAGAGCAGUUCUAUUACUACCAGCCUGUGAAAGCCACUGGUCCAUACGUUUUCAACAUCACAUAAAUGGCCACAAAGUCAGGUAUCACGUGCACAUUGUUCCCUAUCUAUAAAAUAUAAAGUUACAUUUACUUUAAUGGUAUCUGCAACACCAUUGUGCCUCUUUGCCAGUGGCAGAAAGGGAAAAAAACACAAAGCCUCCACAGAGCCCAGGAUUCAGGGCCGAUUAUAAUUCUUUUAACAAAGUUAAUAAUUUACACUGUUUAUGCUAAUAAGGGAUAAGAGGACUGUUGAAUUACCAAACAGCAGAAAACACUAAAAAUACAAACCAAAUGAAAACAACCCGGGGCACUGAAAAAGCACACACAGCACUCUCGGGGUCUUCUUUUAUUAAUCGCAGCUAAAAGUGCUAACAUUGACAUGUUGAACAGAUUAGCCUCUUUAAUAACGGGGCGGGUCAACAUGGCUACCACUGCUGAUCCAUGAGGAUAUCCUGUUGGGAGGCGGAAAGCCUGUGUGUUUCAUAUCCUGACCCCUGCCUCUAAGGGGCUAGCCUCUGUGCUAAAGAUACACUGAAUCUGGCCUGUGCAUGCACUAAUAGAGGAUUAGACACCUUUUUUUCUUCUAUCGCAUGAUUUGUCUCAGAUUCAAAAAGGUUUCGCAGUUUUCAUUUUCUAUUUGAUUGUGCUAUCUGGAUGUUUUGAAGCCACCGUGUUUCCAUAAAUGAAACCUGUGACAGUUAGAGAUCUGGCUUUGUUUCAUGCAGCGACAGCCUGUGUCAUACACGCUCAGGCUGCCGCUGUACAGCAUUAAUGGUUUUAAAUAUCUCAAUGCUAGUUGGAGCUGACAAGGCCUGCCGGUGUGCAGUGUGUAAAUAGGGCUUGGAUUUAAAAUAAAUUAAGCCAUGAGAAAGGCUCACGUUGAUCCAUUUCUUAUCUCCUUUGCUGCCUUGUCAGCCUGAAGCCCUUCUAAAUUGUGUGGACAAGAUGAGGGACAGGCAAGGCUCAUUCACAGUUUUUAGUAUGUUAGGAUAGCCUGGUACUUCCUAAUGAAGAAAGUAUGGAGAGUGUAUACGUGAAACUACAGCAGGCUUUGUACGUUUCAACUCCCUUGAAACUGUUGAUCUCUGUAAAACCAAUUUAAAAGUUGUGCGUGUUUUAUUUAAUUAGUAUUGGGUGCAAACAAAAUGAGUAUUGAAUAGACACCCGAUAGCCCUCUGCCCUGUCUUUUUCCAUUUAUAAACUCCAUCCAGCACCACAACAAUGUCGCACUGUCUCUUUAAAAGGGGUGACAGUUUUGACUAUAAGUUGAGCUAAUUUUUUUCUCUUUCCCAGAGAAAAAAAAGGGAGUAACACUGAUGAGUUUUAACAGCUUCAGCCAGGCGAUGGGCAAAUAUAAUAAGUGUUUUCGUAGACGUCACCAAUGAUUAUCUCAUCUGGGCAUUUUGGGUGAAUGUGGUGGAUUUAGAGGCUCGUCUCCCAUUGUGCUGACAUCACCCUUUAACAAACCAAAUUAAAUCAUGGUUAAAAUCAUCUGAAUCUCUCCCAGAGUCUGUCUCAAAUGGCUAAACAAUGAAAGUCUGGGAACAUUUUUAAGAGAGGGCUGUGAGCGUUUGGCUGUGCAUGCUUAUGUGUGGAUUUUAGUGUGUUUAGUCGGGGGGAAGGGAGGGGGAUAUAGUGUGGAAAUGGGGGCAAAUUAACCCUCACACUGAAUAAUUGGAUAAAGAAAGCUAAUAUUUAACACAUUCUUCAGAGAAUUGAAAGGACAACACUUUCACACAGUGAUCUGUAUUUUAAGUUAGAAUGCAUUUAUUUGUCUGUGGAUAAUUUUUUUCAAUAAAAUAAAAUAAAAAUAAAAAUCUCUCUGGCGUCAGCACAUAAAGUUCUCCGUAAGGCAAUUCUCAGAAGAAAGUCCAGCCUCAGUUUGUCUUGAUAUAGCUGUCCUUUUAUAGAUUGAAAUUCAGAUAAAAGGACAGGAGUGUCCAGUUUCUACAGCCAGACAAUGUAGGCUGGAAUAUUUGUUUUGAUACUGAUGCCACUAUGACACACUACAGGCAAGAAAAGACAAAAUGACACCUGUAUAUUUCAUAAACAUAGGGGUGUCAUACACACCAAUCUCUCCAAGUAAAAGUAGUCAUUAAAAUGGCUUCUUGGAGGUUUAUUAUAGCAAAAGAGAAAACUUUAAUUUAUCAUAUGCCCAAAGUGCAGCUUGGAAUACAAAGUUGCACAACAGGUGACCAAGUUGCAGCUGAGUGUUGUUUUCAGGAUUUGUUUAUUUUUGAUCGCAGUGUCACUUGUUUUGCAUGUUCAAUAAAAAGUCUACCGGCGCGGCUGGGACACAGGGAUUCAUCAGUUGUCCCGUCUCACUACUCGCGUGCCGCAGUCGGCCACCCAUGACCUUGUGAAAUGAACAAGGGGGUAAGGAAGAGAGGGAGAGAGAAAGAGGGAGUGAGGAGUUGGUAAAGGAGUAGUGGCAAAGUGUGGAGGUGAAUGGAGGUGGUGGUUGGGGAGGGGGGUAGCUGCUAAAGGCCUCAAUUCAGCCAACGUGGCCUGAUGUGACAGGAUUAGCUAAGCCCCGGUGAGCAUGGCUGGUACUGUGAGCCUGUGUGUGUGUGUGUGUGAGAGAGAGAGUGUGUGUGUGUGUGUUGCAGGCAGGCAGUGUGCACAGCAGACUGGGAGCCCCGUACUUCUGCUUGCCACCAGCCGAGCCAAGACAAGACAUGAGAGAUCAACAGUGUGUCGGCCCAUCGCUGCCAUCAAGCCUUAGCCCUCAUCAGCCUCCCCCUCUAACAAAGAGCCAGACCAUAGAAGAUACAGCCAAGGGAGUCAAGAUACAGUGGGGGGGAGACACAGUGGGGGACAAGUGGGCGGGCAGCUGGGGCUAAAGUGAACGUGAGUUGGAAAAUGAUCCUAUUAAAUUGAAUUAAAGAGGCAGUCUUCAUUUACCCCAAGAAUGAUGGAUUUGGAUAAUUAACAGUGUUAAUGGGGACUGGUUAAAGAGGGCAAAGGAAACCAGUGAUUGCAGACAUGCAGUAAAGGGGCCAGGUCUGACCUGUGUGGUAUCAAGCUGGUAGUACAUGAGGGAUGACUCCUUACACCAAGUGAGGCUAAUUUCUUUGAGAUUACUUUACAAGUAUUUCCAGACCCACACCCGGAAACGUCGCGAAUGCUCUAAAACUCUUUCCAUUUUAAGGUGCUCUUUUCUUUCCCACAUCUACACCUUUAUAAAAGUGCAGCUACUUCAAGAUGACAACAGUUUGAAGGAGGCUGUGUGCUGGGCCCUGCGUGGGACUAGAGGAAAAAGUUAAAGAGGGUGUCGCUGAUGUAUAUGUAGGUUCAGAGCUGGUAUAUUUUGCGGUAGAGUGCUGCAACAGUGAGUGUAUUAUGCCAGUUUAAUGCCCUCAUCUUGAGACCUAAUUAUGGCACUACCAGUGUGUGCAGAGUGUAUGUGUGUGCACAUGCAGUGGUGUGCUUUGUGUGCCUGGGUUUUCACUUUGGUCAAUGCACAAACCCUAUCUGCAUGUCCUUAAUUCUUGAUGAUGUGGAGGCCUAAGGCAGUGUGUGUGAUGGAGAGGAUGUCUGUGUGCCAAGUUGAAGUGAUCAGGCAGCAGGGCACAGAUCCUCACCCCCCUGAAAAAUUUCUUUGCUUUGCACACAGCAGCCGAUCAGCGGUAGUGUGUCGCUAGUUUCAACAGACUAGACGGGACUAGUGACACCCUUCCACAAAGGAGCCAGAUUUACACUUGCACUGUGUGUCAGAGUAAUCUGCAGCGCGUCUGUUGGUUUGGAAAUAAUGGCUUAUCCUGAGAAAGGACUAGUUAGCUUCAUUGACACGAUCUGCUUUGCUUAUUCAGUUCAUUCCUUAUGCAGCUUUUAUUAUCUGAAGCAUUGUUUAUGGACAAGCAGUUUUUGUGUGGAUGUAAUCAAUUUGGACAGUUGUAGAUGCACACUUAAGUCUUCAUUACCUUGGAUGAUGUGCACCACAGCUUACCUGAAACCCUGAUUAGUAGGAGAAUGUCUCAAGUAAAGAGGAUCACAUAAUUUUAUGCUACUUUUCUCCUUUCAAAAAAAUUAACACCACAGUCCCACGCAUGUGUGUAAGCGAGAGAGUGAUAGAGUGUGUGAAAAAAAACAAUCUCAUCAAGCAGGAGGCCGUUUGCUUAGCAAGAGCUGACAGUCUUUGUGUAUGUAAAUGAAGAAUUUAGACUAAUGGAGUUGAACCAUUUCUAAUUUUGUGAUGGCAAGAGGAUUUUGAUUGAAAGUAAUUAAGCAAGCUAGCUGUAAAAUUAAUUAAAGCAAAAGGAGGGGGGGACUUUUAUUGGAUUGGAUAGCGAUAUAGCUGCUGUCAGGCAGGGGGACAAAUGGGGGUGACCUGGAUUCUCUGCCCUCCCUCCUCCCACUCGGGACUUUUAUGUCACUUUAAUCUCCUUAGAGCGGCUGGUGUGCAUUUGUUCGAAAUAAUCAAGGAAAUAUGGUCAGAAAUUGUCAGCUUUCAGAUCUAAUUUACCUGACAGCCUUGCAAGUGUGUGUGUGCACACGCAAGAAUGCAUGUGACAGUGGCAGGUCCCUUUUUUUUCCGUGCCCUCUCCUCAGCUUUGUGGAAAAUGCUUUUGACAGUCUUGAAGCAUCUUGGUUGUUGGUGGGAGGGGGUGAUGAGGAACUUGGGUGGCUUUAAGAUGGACAUUUCAAUGAGGCAUGCUUGGCCCGGCUUAGCACCUCUGACACCGUUGUGUGCGUGCACAAACACAAACAUGUUGAAUUGCCACUGUAACAUAUUCAGACCCCGUUUGGCUACCAGACCAGCACUUCUCAGCUUCUGUUGUCUGAAGGUAGCCUAAACAAGCAGAAGCAGAUUACAGCCAUGGCAAAGCCUGUUACAGCUACUUAACCACUGACAAAUAAGAUUGGCCAAUCCUGCACAAAUAGAAAUGGAACUUAUUGUCCUUUAAAUUUGGAAACAUAUUAACAUAUAAAUCCUUUUCAAAGUAAGUACUGACCUCCGAAUGUUUUCCUAGGGUGUUUUAAACUUAUUGUCUGUAGUACUGUUAAAAAUAUCAACCACCUGUACAAUUUGUGCUUAGCUAAUAACUAGCCAUAAAAUAACCUUACUAAUGUCCUGCGACGUCUAUAUAGCUUGGAGCUGUAUGAGGUCCAUAUUAAAUGUCCACGGGGUUUCCAGCCCUUCCACAGUGGAUGAGAUGCCACUUCCUCUUAAAGCUUUUCAUCGCUUUCUGGCAUUUGUGACAUAGGGUCUCGGUGUGGCCCUCAGUACCCCCUGAAGAGACAGUUAAUUAAGGCCUGGGCCCAGACAAUGCUGCCGGGACUCUCACCCACCACACCAUCAUCUGCCCCUGCCGCCACCAGUCCCCCCUCUGCAGCCGCUGGGGCCUCUGGGAAAGCAGAGCACCACCGUCGGGGCCCCUAACGGGAUUAGGAGUCCUCUGAAAAUAGGACCUCAGCUCCGUAAGCCUCUCUCCCACCUUCAUCUGCCCAUAGGAUCCCACUUGAUUCACCCACAGCCCUAUCCCUUCUUACUCCCCCUCUUUUAAGACGGCUCCACCCGAGCUCCGUUUUAUCAAUUAAUGUAAUAAAAGGUGGAACAAAGAGCUUUCUUUCCCCCGCUCUGUAAUUAGAGGGGGAGAUCUCCUGAGGACUGGCAUUCCUUGGGCCCGAAAAAACAUGAUUCUCACUCCCCCUCUACUCUGCCUCCACCACUCAAGCGGAACAUGGCUCCUCGAUGUAUAAGAGUGAUAAUGUAAAUGUAGUGUAUCCUGCCAGGCAAAGCCAGCACAACCUAUUUUGCAGUAGCUUUAUCUGAGUGUGAACAAAUGAAUGUAACAUUUGGAAGAGUGAUACAUUAUUAACUCUAAUUGAUUCCUUUAUAACACUAUACAUUUACUGUCACCUUCGCUUUAGCUCGCACAAGUACAUGUGCUCUAAAUCACUCUUGUCGCUGUCCCUAUUCUAACACGUUACGUGUCACCACACACUGUUAACAAAUGUGAUAAAACCACCUGAAUCGAGAAUAUCAGGUAUGGCGUCUGCUUGUGCGUGUUUUUGUCUGUAAAGGUGAGAUACAGUACACUUUAAUGUGUGUAUGUGUGCAUGUGUGUCAUUCUCUCUUUCCCCCCCUCUUGUGCUUAACCGUCUACAUGGGUGUGAAAGUUAAAGGGAGACAGAGCACCCGCUUUCACAGCCACUGGAGCUUUCGAUAGGAAUUAGUUUUACAACAUAUGCAAAUGUACCCCCUUGAAAAAAAAGGAGGUCUUUAACUGACAGGUUGAUAUGUGAUUAAACGACAAUUAGAGUGCUGAAAAUAAGUGUCGGCAGUAGGUCAAGCACUGGGCGGCUCAGCUAAAAGGUAGCAGACUAUCGAGGAGAAAACAUUCCCAGGCGGAGGCCAGAAACAAGACCCAAAACAAAUUAGAGAGGUGAAGGGGGAGCAAGGUUGGGGCUGUGUUUAAAUAAACCCACAACAUAAAACAAGUUCUAUGUUUUGCCUAGAUUACACAAGAUAAACAUAAGAAGAGAGGGGUUCUGUUUUCAGUAAACCAGUGCCGAACACAAGUGCAAUAAUUCCUGCCACAGGCACAGAUUGCAUGGAAACAAUACCGAAACUUAAAGGGACUCCACCAUGCGACACUGAUGCCCUGUUUGCACUGAUUGUAACCUUUAGUGCCCCCACCCAGAUUAAAACUGGUGGUUUGUCCCACUGUAGGCUGCACCCCUCUCUAUUCUGUGCCCUUUAAACUAAAAGUACAGAGACAUGAGAGAUUCGGUGUCUUUCUCUCUCACUCGUUACUCUCUAACAAACACAUACCGGCUCACCCACACACAUACACACUCGACACAAACAUACAGGCAGCGACAUAAAAGGGCUCACGCUUAUUCUGGCAACAGAUGGCCCUGUCCCUAUAAUCCCCUUUGAUGCUGCGGUGGGCAGUGGCUCCUGAACAUCUCUGAAGCCAAAGCCCCAACAAAACUUGAGCUACUUUUCCUUUAACUGACCCCAAUUGCCAAGGAGCUGUCAGCUGUCAGACCUGGUUAAGAGCGUCUUUACUGGGGGAGACUGAAGGGCACAGGUUUCUCUCUCUCUUUCUCUCUCUCUUUCUCUUAGUCGCGCUCUCUCUUCCUUUAGCUUCCUGUUUGUUUUCUGUCACAGACAGUUCAUUCCACCUUCAUGACACGGCUGUGAAAGCACGGUGACCGUGCUCCCCUGACUCUCAGUAUAGACAGCACUUAUUUCUCUCACAGGAGGUAAAGAGUGAACCUUUCUGAUAACAGGAGGUGGGCUAAGAGGUUUAGAGUUCAUCAUAGAGAUUGUCUUUUUAAAGCUUGUUUCACUUAUAUGUACAUAUAUAUACAUGGGAAUAAAAUCAAAAGCGUGUAAUUUAUCACAAAUUUUCUUGGAAAAACUUAUUUCACUGAGCAGGAAGUACAUUCUUCACCCUCUUUUAUUAGCUAAAGCCUUUUUGUCUCACGUUGCUUCAGUUUAGCAAGCUUUCCUGUCAAUGCUGAGGAAAUAAAGCUGCUAUCUCUAAAUAAAGUGGUUCAGUCUCUGAUAAGAUAAAAUCCCCAUGAUAGUAAUGAGCCCCCUAAUGGAGUUUUAAAAAUAAUUUAACAAGUACCCUUAACCCCACUUUCACAGUGUUAAUAAAAAAAAGGCUACGGUGUAAAUCCUAACUCUUCUAUUAAAGCAGGUGUUUCACUUUUAUUAAAUCGACCAGUUUCCCUUUAUUUCUCUAGUUAGUGAUUGAAGCAUAGCCUUGUGCUUAACACCCCUUAUAAAAUCACCGAUCACUAAAUGCCCAUACCUCUUUUAGUGACGUUGUUCUGUAAAUAGAAUCAAAUGUGAACUUGUGUCUUGACCUUUGAAUUGAAUGAUUUUCCUGUCUUGACUCAGACAGCAGUGUUUUUAGGCCUCCAACUUCAGAACAGUAGUUAAAUGUCUCCUUGAGUGCAGAGGUGACUGAUUACUGAACUGUCUUGUCACAUUUUGGAAACACCUAAUUUUAAGAGAAGGAACUCUAAAUCAGGACCUACUUCCUGUGUGAUUUCUUAUAUUCUAAGUGGGGUAUUCUCUUCUGUUCAAAUCUAUAUUAUCAUUCGAGAGCUUUGAGGGAUAAUCAUCAGUAAGAUUUGCUCAUCUUUCCAGCAGGUCUGCUGAGAUGCAUGUACGUAGCUAAUGGGAUUGGGCUUUUUUUUAUAUCCUCUCCUGUGGCGUUAUGGAGCUUGCAGCUGAACUUGAACGGAUGCGCAUGGUGCUGAGUCGUGCACAGGACUAUUUCAAGACUGAAAUGCGAUUGUUUUAAUACUUUAAUCCACCUGUCCUUGGCAUCCAGGAUGUUGCAGAAGUCGCCUAAUUAUUUCAGUGCCCUCUAUCCUUCCUGGUUGAAAUACAGCAGAGACAGCUUUUUUGAAAAUAAAUCAGUCCAGAAAUUUCUUCUUUCAGUAGCUUUUUAGAAGUAAAAAAGCAGUAAAAACUUUAUUUUGAUAAAAUAAAUAGACUACUACCUCUUAUUCUUACUUAUGAAAUAUCUAGCAAAAUUGAAAAAUUAAAAAUGCAUGUAUGCAAAGACAAUCCAAUAUACCAACAGUCAUUUUAAAGAGCGAGCCAUUAAACAACUAGAAUUCUCUGAAUUGUCCCAGGUUCUAACUGAGAUAGUAUGCAAACACAAAUAUUUUCUUUUAAUUAAAAAGGCCUCAUCCCGCAGUAUCCUCCCCCAAGCCUGCUGCCGGCUCUCAAGCCCCCCCGUCACCCUCCCUUCCACCUCAACGCACACACACACAUACAUACAUAUACACACACUUGUACUUUAUUAAAAUGUACCCGCACUCACAGUGACAUAGAUCCGGUCAAAUUUGAGAAAAGUGAUUAUUUUAAUUCCGUCCUGGGCCAUAGAUUCCUCUUGACUAGCUGCUAAUCUGUCAGAGCCUGGUUGUCAAUUGAGAACCAGGGACACCAGCAGGGACGGCUGCCCAGUUCACUGAUAGCCCCCUGAGGGACAGUUAACCCUCAAACACCCCCCACCCCUGGAAAAAAAAAAAAAAAAAAAAAAAAAAAAAAACUCUUGUGCAGUCAUCCACCCUCCCCCCCAACUGGUCCAGCACUUAAAGUUGCAGAGGGGCUAAAGGGCUGAUGGUUUAUGUGCAUGUACGUGCAUUCUGGUUUGGGACAGUGGCGGCAGGGGUGUGUGUUUGUGUAUAUAUGUGAGGUUUGGUGGGGGGUAGUGGCUUGAUAGUAAUGCAUGUUGAUGGUUUUUGAGAUACUUCAUUUCAGAAACAGGGGCCUCAUUAACCGUAGUCUUCAUCAGGCCGGCAAGCAGCGGGCACAUUAGGGGUCCACAGGAAGUUAGAGUACAGCAGGAGAGUGCAUUAGGGAGGCCUGGGGAGACACACUCCCUCAGUUCCACUUCCACCUCCAGCGCUUUUCUAUAUCUUAAUGUACCUUUCAGAGGAAUUUGGAUAGAGGUCAAUAAUUAUGCUCUUUAAAUUAUUCAGUCGAGGUCCUCUGUAAUUGUGCUUUUUAGAGCUCGGACAUUGACAGCAUGGUUUACGGCACGGCCUGACCGGAUGAAUCAGGACAGAGUAAGAGAAAGAGUUUGUGAUUGUGUUUUAAUGCUCUCAUCACCAACUGGUAACGGAUGUAGACCGAUUUUCAUUUCUGUUGUUUCAGUAAGCAUCAGCAGCAGAUGACAAAUUUACUCAACUGCAGAGUAAAUUUGACAGUAAGUUUGGACCUUUUUCAAACAAGCACUGUGACCGAGGUGUCUGUGCUGGGCUGGCUGGUGUCAGAGACAUUGAACACUACCAGCCACUCUGUGGGAAUGUUUAGUUUGGGACACAACUGUGUUAUUUUUGUUACAUUGAGGAGAGAGAAGCACAAACUGCAAGGGUAGCAGAAAAAAUCACCAAACUUUCUCUACAAAGCCAGCCCCUGCAACGUUUCACUGCACAUGAUAACAUCGUCCGUCCACACAACAAGUCCUCUUUCAGCUACAGAUUAUUAACACAUCGCUGAAAGCAGCAGAAAGCAAUUCGCUGUUGUCACAGGGUCUAAUAUUUAUAUUUAUCUAGUUGGGAAAGGCAUUGACAAACAUGUCACACACCUGCAGUUUUAUAGUACAUGCUAGUGCAGCUCGGUGUCAAAGAAAAAGACUGUACAGUAGAGUUUUGUUGGGGCGAGAGGAAGACUGUAAUUACUGUCUGACGAUUCAUCUAGUCACUGCAUAAAAUAGUGUUUAUCCAGUCGCCCGUGCUUCUGUCGUGGCUGAGGGAGGGGAGGGUCAUGUUUUGCACAAGUGAGACAGCUAGGGCAAUCAGGAGAAGAAUCGUGACUCCAAAACAUUCAGCCUUUCUUUCUUUUUUCUCUUUUUCUCUUUGUCUCUCCCUCUCUUUCUUUUGGGUUGAGAACUGGUGCCUUAGAAAAUUACAUCACCCUUUCCUCCCCCCUCUGACACACCCACACACAAAUAAACAUAAAAAGCUAAUUUGUUAGCGCCUUCAUUUCAGCGGCCUGAGCAGGAGAAUAUUGUUGGGGGAAAGUAAUGCUUUGUCAAAUGUUGACAUGUGUUGCAAACAUGGGGCCUUCAGCAGCAGCAACAGCAGCGUUUUGUAGAGCGGCUCAGGCACAUUGUCGGCACAUGAAGAGAGGAUGCUUUGAAAUAAGAUUAGCCUCCAAAUGGCCCUGCCUGCCCCCAUCCAUACCCCUGUGCAUAAUGUGUGUGUGUGUGUGUGUGUGUGUGUGUGUGUGUGUGUGUGUGUGUGUGUGUGUGCCUGCACAAAGAUGCUAAAUGAUCAUAUCCACUGAAAUAUUUGUGGGCCUGUUUUCUCACAGAAUGAGUCCGGGUGUCAUGUGCUGUUUAUCACUGUACAGCUGAAGGUGUGUGCACACAUUUGUUCUGCUGCAAGGCCCCUUUGUCUGGCACACGGCUGGACUCAGUUUCUUGGGCCAGGAAGCACACGUCCCUGUCACUGAGGCUACCUCCCCUUGGCUUUGGGUCAGGGUGACACCGGGCAGGGGGAGGAAAAAAAAUCCAUCACCCCUACACCCUGCCCCCAAAAUGAAUCAAAAUUGGAAAACAACAUGCAAGGUUUGCUUAAUACAGGAACACUUGCAAUAUGCUGAUGUUUUCUUUUGCACACUGUGUUUGCUAAAUUGCCUUUGACUGCGUGCAUCAGUAAUGAAACUUUAUGUCCUUGUGGAGAGGGCAGCUAGUCCGUUCCAGUUAGGACCGGGACGAUCUCUCCUGUCUGGCUUUUGUAAGAGUUUUUUUUUUCUAAUACACGUCCUUAUGAAUAAAUGAAGCCCAUGAAGUCAUUUUUUCCAUAUUUGUGUAAAUUGCUUUAAAAGCAUUUUAUCAUGUCAUAAAAAAGCGCAAUUGAUCUGCUGGGCUUAGCCCAUUGGACAGCUGUGUGUUUUGUUAAUGGCCACUUUGCUCCAAGCAGCUUAUUAAAAAAUUUAUAUAUAAAUGCAAAAAUUGCAUAAAUUAUUUAGAUACAGUAAGCAUUUUUUUUUGUUUUGGUCAGGCAGGGAGGGGCUGUUAUCAGUAUGGAAAUUUACCAUAGUAUAUUAUAUGCUGAAAUAUAGUAAUAUAUCUGCCCAGACACAUAUGUGUCCUCCUCACUGCACCCCCACACAUGCAGAGGCGCAGGAAAAAAAAGUAUAUAUUUUUUGAUGACUUCGUUUCAGCAACCACGGAAUGUCACCCAUAUCCUGGUUGAUUGUACUUUCGAGUUUUAUGAUGUUUUUCCAUUGAUUUGUUUCCCCGGCGCAGCUGCCGACCUCUAUUGAGGGACGAACGUAAUCAGCGCUGACGCAAAUUAGAUGGUUAUUCGUUUCGAAAAUUGACAGAAAAACAAUAAAAAAGAUGAAAUGCUCCCAAAUCAAUAGAUAUAAUGAAAUUCAAAUAAUCCGAGAGAUGAGGUCUCCAUGGCAACUGAUAAUGUGGAAAAGAAAACAAUUUAAUAAAGGACAGACACGCUUUGAAAACAGAUUGGGGAGGGGGGUGGCUGUAAAGCGGGGAGAGGAGAGCAAAGCAGAGCAGAGGAGAGAAGAGGUGGGGAGAUGGAGGGAUAGAGAGAGGGAGGGAGGGAGGGAUGGAGGGAAGGUGGUGGUGGUGGUGGGGGGGUGUUUGUGGCUGUAGUGGUUGCUCUAUAGCUUGUUUCCCCCGGCGUGUGAAGGAUCUGUGUCUGUCCCAAGGACACCGGAAUAAUUAGAAAAGCUUUCAGGCCAGAAAGUGCAGAUUCAGGUUUUAAUACACAAAAUUAUUUCAGGGGCAGUGAAUCGGAAAACCAUUUGUUGGUGACCUUCCUGAGAGGCCUCCCCCUCCCCGGUACAGGGCAAGAUGGAGGCUAUGUGGCAGCGCAGCCUGAGUUAUGGCAUAUUUGUGUUUUUAUAGAGGCAGGGGGAAUGGAGUUGGGGAAGUUGGGAGGGGGAUGAAGGGAUAAUGUGUGUGUAUGGUUGUGCUGUGGUUCGUGUGUUCUUGUGUGCAUGAGAUUGGGGAGUGGGAAAUGGUAUGGGGGGGUCACAGGGAGACAUUCGUGUGUGUGUGUGUGUGUGGGGGGGGGGUAGUCUAGCAGGAGUUUGGGCAGAAGGAGGAAGAGCAAAGAUGAGAAGAGAGAAAGUGCAGAGAGAAAGGGGGAAGUUGCAGAUCUGGCUGUAUUUACAGAUCAGUUGUCAAAAGGAACCAUUUAAGGGGAAUGCGCCCGUUCCUGCAGUGUGACAGGCGAGGUGCCUGUUUAAAAAGCAAAAGACAACUAUGAACCUGAGAGGGAGAUAGUCAAACACAGGCUUUUUUUGUAGAAGACAGACAGAGCAGGGGGUGGCGAAGGAAGCGAGUGGGUGUUAAGUGACUUCAUUUGUAGUCUAUUUAAGGUAUGUUUUACUUGUCCUUGCGCUGCUCCGCCAACAUCUAAUGCAGGGGCUUCGUUCAAGUUAGCACAGCAAGGGAAUAAUGAUUGAGUGCAUCGUUCUUAUUUCCUGUAAAUACAAAUGACUUUCCUUCAUCUGCCUAAAAACUUGUAUUUAAUUUCAGUCUUGCUGUCAAGGGAGAUUUGCGACUGAUGCAAACAGAGAUAAAAGUCAAAACCAAAAGCACAGCUCUGUUGCCCUCAUUAGCUUAUCACAGCUGUAUGUAUGUUCACUUUCUACAGGCUUUAUUCAACAUCCGUAUCCUGCUCUUUUAACAUCCUAUUUUCUUUAUUGCUCUUUGUCAACGUUUUGGAGGCAGUCUUGCUGGGCGUUGGAGCCUUGUCUGUCAAGUAGUGACUACCAUUUUUGUGUCAUUAGAAGGCUUUGUUUGACUCAAAUAAAGGUGAUCCACCCUCUGUUCAAAUGAUACCAACGGCACAUCCGGGAUAUCAGGUCUUGAGUGCAGAUACCCUUAUCCUGUUCCAGGCAGCAAUAAAUGGAAAAACAAGUCUUCAUACAAAGCAAAGCCUGAUAAAUGUUCUCCUGAUAUUUUAAUAGCAUAAGAUCCUGAUCCUGAUCAGGAUCACUGCUUUCCUGCAUUAUCAACUGUCAUAAAAGUUAAGCAGUAUAUGAUAAAAAUGUGGGAUCAAGUUCCACCAGGUCUUAAUCUUAAUCCUUUCUAUUGCCUGGAAAUAGUUUGCUGUUGAAAACAUAAUGAAGGUGUACCCAUGCCCUUUUAUUUAUCUUUAGACAACGACCUCACCUACUUGAAAACAUUUUUUUUUUGUUCAUUAAAAAGAGUUUUUAAAAUAUGCGAGAUAAUUUCAGGCUUGUUUAGAUUCUGUUAGGUAUUUUAUUUUUUACUCAUGAGGCCAAACAAGAUCUGACAUUCUUCAGCAGGACAGCUAAUUUUCCCCUGUACUGAUAUUGCGAUGUGAAAAGUGCCCCACAAGUAGGAGAGAAACUAGAAAUUCCCCACUGUACACUAGCUAAGAGCCUUCAAAUCUCACAUGCCAGUGUCAAUGAGGACUGUUUUCUUUUUUAGAUAAAAAGAAUGGAUAGAACAGAGACCGAAAAAACAUGAGAGCUGAUAGGCAUCCGCUCUAUGUCUGUAUGUGUGUGUGAGUGUGUGUGUGUUUAUGCACAUGCACACUGACACACACAUAGGGCUCACAGCACAUGUUAUCACUGUCAACAGCAGCAGUAGCAAACAGCAGCAGUUGUUCUCUGUGUGUGUGCGAGUGUGUAUGAGUGUGUGUGUAUGUGUUUGUGUGUGUUUUGUGUGAAAGUGAAAGGGUGUAUGCUUUUGCAUUCCCACAAUCGCCCAGUCUCUCUCCCUUUCUGGCUGCUGGCUCUGAGGGACCCACUGUAAGUCAAUCUGUGUGUGUCUUCAUAUUCCUGGUGAGCGUGUGUGUGCGUGCCUGUGUGUGUGUGUUUGAGGCACUACUGUACUACACUUCAGGAGCCAGGAGCCAGGACAGAGCCCAGCCGAACAGCGCUGAACAGGGCUGGAAAGGGCUGAGGGCCAGCUCCCUGUACACACCACCCACUUCACACCUGUCUCCCUCUCUCUCUCUCACACACACAGACACACACACAGACACGCACAUAAACACACACACAGCUCAUACAGCCGUGCUGCUCAGCACAGGGCUCUCAUUGUAGCAGUGACAGGAGGGCGCCCGUUAAGUGGCUCUCUCUUCCUGGGGCCUGUGUGUGUGUGCGUGUGUAAGUGUGUGUGUGUGUGUGUGUAAGUGUGAGUGUGUUUUGUUCCCCCAUGUGUCUGUGGGGUGGAGAAGGGCGAUGAAGGACCCCUACUGGUAAAGUGGGUAAACUCGCACAGCCUCGACAUCUGUGCUCAGAGAGGGGGGGUGGGAGAGAGGGGGAGGGUAAGGAAGGAGGAGAGAUAGACAGCGAGAGAGGAGGACAGGGUGGGAAAGAGGAAAGGAGUGAGAAGAAGUAGAGAGGGAGGGAAAGAGAGAUAGAGGGGGGAGAGAGAGAGAGAGAGGGAGAGCCGAGGCUUGGCAGAGAGCAGUUGAGGAGAAAAUGCCUUGCUUUGUGGAGAGAAUUCUUCCAGGGCAGGAGGGAGAGGUGAGACAGAGCGCAGAGGGCGGUCUGCUGCCAGGUAAGACACACACACACACACACACACACACACACACACACACACACACACACACACACACACACACACACACACACACACCUUACUCUCUCUCUCUCUCUCUUUCCCCCUCUCUUCUCCCUCUUACUCUCUCACUCUCCCUCACACACACAGACACACACACACGCGCGUGCACACACACACUCAGUAGUUGAGUGCUACCUCGAGGUGAACGGGUCUGCUACUAGUUGCAGUUGGCAUGAGUCAGGCACGCAUGUGUAGUAAUGUGGUGGGUGGUGUCAAAGUGUGUGCGUGCGUGUGUGUGUGUAAGAGAGAAAGAGAGAGAGGGUUAGCCACACUUUGAACAGUGUUGGUAAGAGGAAACAUAGCAGGUGCAAUUGUAGUUUUCAUCCUUUUUUUUACCCAUAGUGCACCAGCAGAAAGAAAGUGAUGUGUUGAGAUAGUGAGCCGCUUCCUCAAAAGUUCUGUUGUUGACUUUUGAGCCAUAGAGCGUUAAACAGUUCCACUUUUAUAUUUUAUUGUCAUGUUUAUAACAUUGUGGAGAAAAGUCACUUAAACAAUACAGUGACAUUUUUAAGUGCUUUCAUUUUAUGCUUUUAACAUUACUUAUCUCCACUGUGUUUGUUACAGUUUCUUAUUACUUAAAAAAACUAAAUUUUACAUAAAUAUGAUAUAUUUACAAUUUUAGGGAAAAGUUCUCUAAAAACUGGACAACUUUAAAAAAAGUGGACUAGAGUUGUCUCCUCUCCUUAAGCUGGAAAUCUCAAGUCUUAAACAGAAAUAAUUAUCAGCAAUAAAUAUUUUUUCAUUUUAAAAUAGGAAUUUAGAUACUAUGUGUAAUUUCAUUUAAGUCUUCCUCACAUCUUAUUUACCUGAAUUUGAUGCAGUAUUUGCACAAUCCUGGACUUUCUCUUGUGAGAUCAAGUUUUCAGAUUUAGGUUUUACUUUAUUUUUCACAAACUUUAAAAAACAAACUGAUCACAGAAUCCAAAACUUUUAUUUCAAAUCAUGCACUUUUUUUUUUUUUCUAUAGAGCAAUAUCUGGGCUUGGGCACAAAACAGUUUCAAAUCCAAAGGGAGAGAAAUUGAAGAUUUUAAGACAUCACUCAGCAGGCUAAAAAUAAAAAUUAUUAAAAAGCACCUAAAAUCCUUCCACUCAAACAAGUACAGAUGUGUCUCGAUUUGACGUGAGGUAGUUUGCGGUAUCAGACUAGAUUGAUUUGGUCGUUUAGAUACUGAUGUUGUGAUGGAGCGAUUCGUCAUCUAAGGGAUUUUCCACUCUGCUGAUGUAAACAGUGUCUGUUGAAAAAAGGCUAAAGAGUCUUUUUCUCCCUUCUGGAGAUUGUGUUCUGAGAGGAAUAAUCCACCUCAUGUACAAUUAGAUUUUCUCCUUUUGGCUAAAUAAAUACAGUGUCUGUGAACAUAAACACAGAUUUACUGUGGGGCCCUGUGGGUGUCUGCCUCUCUCUCUAACAGCCUCCUGCUUCAGCCUGGGCCUGACUUUGCUUGUCGAGUCCCACAGAGGAAAAAAAGAAAAGGAAAAAGACAAGGCAGAAGUUGGCCCGCUCUAACUUGACGCUUGCUGUUUAUUUGUUUUUAUAACAAAUGGAACCAGCUUCCCGAGUGAAAGGUGAAGUCAGAAUUGAAUUUGGCUUGCGUUACCGUGGCGAUCUGGCAACCGCUCUCGUGUCCCAUAGGACUGCUCUGGUUGCUGUGUGUCGGGCGCGUGUGUUUGUUAUUUAACUGAUGUGUGUGCAUGCUCUGCUCUGUAUGUGUGUGUGAGUGUGUGUGUGUGUGUGUGUGUGUGUGUGUGUGUGUGUGUGUGUGUGUGUGUGUGUGUGAGUGUGUUGUGGGUGGUGGUAGCAGCAUUCACGAGAGAGACAUUUUACUAAGCAGACAUUUCCCCCUCUGUUUUCACUCUGACCUGGUAGGAGAUUGAUGACUGAAUUGUGGAGUACAUGUUAACAGUAACUGGUGAUUUAUGAAGAUACUUAGGGUAAGUGAGGCCGCACAGGCUGGAAGGGAAGAAAAAGAUAUAGCCUUUUAAGUUAAUGCAAAAAUAUAGCCUUUUUAAGUAAUAAUUGUUAUUACCACUGCAGGGUUUGGAGAGAAGUCUGGGUUCGACCUGAAUCUGCACACAAAGCAUUGUGAAGCUUUUUCCUUUCUGUUGGCCAUCCUGUGUCUCCUAAUUGUUCCAAGACUUAAUUGAACUUUGCAAGUGUAUUUUUAGGAGAAAAAUAAACAGGAGAAAAUAGCUGCUCAUUUAUAUUUACAAGUGAAUAGACUGAUAUCAAACAAACUCCUUUUCGAUGAAUUUUGAAUUGAAACAAAAGCGUCUUUUUCCAGAGUAAACCACAGUGGAAAACUUUUCUUGGAUGAACCUUUGCAACGCAACAAGUGCACUGUGUGUUUUGGCAGACCCCUUUAGCCAAAGAUCCCUCUGAAAAUCCGCAUGCAAUUUUAGAAGAAUCAGAUUCUUUCUCUUUCCUUGGCUCAUGCACUGCCCUGAUAUUAUGCACACAGAGAAUCCCCCCCUCUAUUCAAAUAUGAAAUUCAAUCCUCUUGAAUGUGAUCUAUAGCAUUUUUAAAGAAUAAAGCAAUUUUGGGGAAUAUGGAAUAGUGCUUCCCCUGGAUGAAGGAUGGCUUUCAUUUUUUUUCAAGGCACCUCUUAGACUGAGUGAAAUGUUUCCCGUGUUCGCCCAGGGACGACUUUAUUUCUUACCAGGGAUUUAACACUCACUCAGUCCCCUCAUAAAUACAGCAUCCCUCAGUCCUUCGCUUGCCAUAACUCAUGCACUAACUCUCUAGCUAACUAAACUCAUAUAGCAGAGCCAACACUUGUUUGUCUUUUACCUCAGCCUUUCUCGCCCACUAUUCUUCUCCGUCUCUUUUCCUCCCCUCAGCUGAUUUAUAUAUGACAGAAUCUCCUCUGACUACCGUCUCACCAGGCUCCUGCACUGAUCUUCUUGGCCCACUCGUGGAGUGAGUUUUGGAAGAAAUGUGCAUUUGAAUAUGAGCCAGCCUAAUCUCCUUGAGGCUAUUUAGAGUGAGCCUAAUGCUCCAAGAAUGAGCGAGAACAGCACCGGAGAAAAUGCGGACGUCCCUCUUGGCGUGUUACAACACAACUCAGGUCUCCAAAGAACGAAGCAAGUCUUUGAUUAGCUGAUGAGAAUUUCUCUGUAAGGCAAAUGACGUAAAUUUGUUCUUUCAGGACACCUGUUGAAGAUUUUGGUCUCAUUAGUCUUUAUACAUUAAUGGCACCUUGGUAGAAAUUUUACCUUUUGGCAUGUUUUCCCAAUGGUAUAAUAAAUAUCAGACAUACAGCAGCUGGUGAACUUUGAAGCCAUUUUACUUUAGUCAGAUGAAAGAGCUCAGGUGGGGUAUAACAGUGUGGUGGAAGCCUUUACUGAUCUGGUGCCGAUUGGCAUUUUGGGAGGAGACAGUCUUUCUGGCGUGGUUCCCGUAUUGGUUGUUAACAGCCUGCUGGUACCUUCUGUUCACUCAACUCCUCGAGCAUCUGAAGACCCUCUGAAGUCAAAAUCGCCCAUUUUGAUGUCUCGUGGCAGCACCCAGCGUUUUGUUGUAUUUGCGUUUGAAAAAAACAGGCUCUGCUCUGAGGAAUUACCUUCAGCACUUGUUGGUGUCAGAUAGAGGAGGAGGGUACGGUUGCUCCUUUUUCCCCCCAUUCUCCCAGCUCUCUUUGCUGUCCUUCCUUUCUUUUUGAUCUCGCCAUCAAAUCUUCUUCAGUUUUCAUGAGUGACAUUUACCCAAGAGCGGCAUGGGAAAUGGUUGGCUGAAGAAGACGUUUGAGAAAAUAUGCCUGAGCAAGCUAUCACCUUUGAUAAAGCCAUAGUUCCAGUGGGAGAAGAAGAAGAAAGCCGGAGAGUUGGAGCAUUGUUGGUAAUGAAAAAUGCCAUGCGAGAGGGAGCAUCUCUCUGAUCACAGCCUGUUAAACCAACAAUGUAUAGUACAACAGAUACAACUCCACUUGUACAUCAAGCAUCUCUCUGGUGUUGUAGCACAAUGAGAGUUUGACCCAGAGGGCUGAUCUGGAUCCUGGGUACCACACUGUGCCUUUAUUGCACAUCAGCUGGCACUAAAUAAUCUCAUAAUAAAACACUCCGUUCACACACAGUGGGGUCAUGCUGGCGCUGCCAUCAACACUGGCAUACCUUCAGCUGUGUCACCAUUUGGCAAAAAGCUGGCGAGGCACUUGAAAGACUGCGAGGAGAAAGAAGAAAUAACGGGGAAGUGGAGGGUAGCUGAAGGCACAGAGAGCGAGAAAUGUUAGCUUUAGUAAUUACUACCUCUAUAGAGAAGCAGUGGAGAGGACAGUGAGGCAAGCGAGCGCACGAAGGAGGCCCCGUGUGCAGAUAAUGAAGGGGUAUCAUUGUAGCUCUGACAGCGUUAAUCUUAGAGUGCCUCACAGUGUGUGUGGAUCUCGAUCUGGAUAUGUGGAUCAUAUGCAUAUACUGGCUGAGCGUACAAAGGCCGUCAUACAGCACAAGUGACUCUGUCUUUACAUGGAAGACCAUCCAGCCCACCUGACACCUCAGUUUGUCCCACUGAGCUGACAGUCGCCACCUCUUACAUCUUCUUGAAGCUUUACAACCUUAUGCCUCUCCUUCACGAAAGCUUUGGGAUCACCUAUCAGUCCCUGAAAAACUUAACAUCUUUUUUUUUCUUUCGUGGAGGAGUAAGAAAAGAAAGGAGGGAAGCGGUCCAACUUUCUUUGUGCCUCCUUUUUCUUUUCUUUUUUCCUCUUCCCAUUUGAAGUUGUGAGACACUCAUUUAGGCCUCAUUGCACACCAACACUCAACACACGAGAAAGUGUUAUGAAUAUGUAUCAACGCAGCAUAUGGCAGCAGUAGCACUGGGACUAGGUGUGUCCAGAAGGGUAGAGUGCUGCCGAUGCAUUAUUCUCCAUUCAAAUUACCACGGUAAGAAUGCAGCGGGGAGCUGUGAGUUUUUCACCACCCCUUCAGACGGGGCAGGAGAAGAACCUGGAUCCCGGGGAACAGCAGGAACGGAAGAGAGGUGAUGAGCACAGUAGUGGGCCAGCUGAGUUUCCUUGAUUUGGUCGAUUUUUUCGGCAGGUUCAAACCUGGCACUCGCUGACACAAGCGUGAUUAAAAGUGAUAUUUCUGACACAUUAGGAUGCGCACGGGAAGUAACCUCCUCUAAAGCGUUCAUUAUUAGAUGCAUGACAGACCUGAAUAUUUAUAAAAUGGGUUUUAAUAAUUAAUAGCAGCAAUCUGCUCCCGUAAUUCAUCAGAUUUGCACUUCAACAGAGUAUCCGUUUUCACUUUAAAAUAAUAAUAAGAGGAAUAUUAAUGUUGGAGAAAUGUAAAACGGGCAGCUGGAUACAGCGCAAACAGGCAAGCACUCCAUGCUCACUUCUGAGGCUCUCCUUUAACUUGUCACUUUUCAAAUAAAAUUACAUUUUAAGCUGUCAACACUGCAGUGUUUGAAAACCUUCAGUUGUUUGUGCUUGACAAUUUAGUGAGUGGCUUCUGACAAAUGUGGCAAGUCAUGAAGAUAAAGAUGCAGGAAACAAAGUGGGUUUGGUGUAGAAUGCAAAAGUAGAUGCUGUGGUUUUAUCAAAAGCAAAUUUAUUUGUUUGAGUCAACUUAGCAGCACUUCCUUUUGUAUACUGAGACCCAAAAAUAGACAGCAUUCUUUUUUUCCUGUAAAGCAGCUUUACUCGUUUCAUCGUUUCACAGACAUUUCUCUUUUUUUUUUUCCUUCUGCCUUUUUGCGAGUGUUGUUUUAUCACACCUUCAAAUUCAGUCACGGCACAUUCCUCUGUCUAUUGAACUCCCAGAAACAAGAAUGUUCCUGUUUUAGGUAAAAACUGCAACGUUUAGUUCCUCCUCCACUUCACAUGGAACUUUUGGGUAAAGCACACAGUUUUAGUGCAGUCACAGGCACAGUGGUGUGUUUGUCCUAGCUACAGAUCACUUUUUCUCAGUGUGUGAGAAUGCUGGUAUAUUUUACAUGACCCACAGACACUUGUCAGAGAGAGAAGAGUCAGUAUGUGGAGCCCAAUGCCUCUCAGUUCUCCAUAAAAGAAAUACAACAGCAGACCUUCUUCACUUUUUGCUUGUCCACUUAAAACAUGUAAUGACAUCUUUUUUUGCUCCCUCCCACACUUUUCAAACAUAUAUAUGGACGCACAAAGACUUUUACAUGCCAUAAAAACCCUUUCAAUUCUGUUGUCACUUCCACUUUGCUUAUCAGAAAAGUAUAACAAUAGUUGUCACAGCAGAGUCACAGCCACAGGGUCUGAAAAAUGGAAAUCCCAUGAGCAGGAAGUCUCCGUCUCAUCACUUCCUCACUUAGCUCUACAAAGAAUGUGUUUUGAUCAAAAUUUAAUAAUGCUUCAUAAGAGGAAUACAUUGAACUUUGAAAGUGAAGAAUGUGAUUUGAAAAAAAAAUGAAGAAUUAGAUAAAGCCCUUGGUGAUCUGUGGGUCAUUUUUGGACAGGUAUAAACCUGACCAAGAUGACAUUUUCACUGGCACCUGUGGUGCAGUCUACUGCACGUAAAGUCCAAAAGAGGAAAAGUCUGUCAGGCAGAGCAAAUGUUUUAAUGGCAGCCAGAGAUCGAUGUUGUGUACACAAGCAUCCUGUCUGGAAAUACAUGCUUUUCGGGUAAAUGUUGCCUCCUUUUUUUCUUUUUAGUGAAGGAGAGUCAGAGGAGAAAAGGAGUAAAAGUAGGAGGAGGCAGGAGGGGGACAGGGUCAACAGGACCUGAUGCAUAUACUUUAAAACUGAAAUCGGGGAAAUUGCCUGAAAAACAUUGACUUGCACUCUCGUUCACAAGGCCCCCAAUCUGAAAAACAAAUUCAAAACGUAACCUUGGAAAUCAAUUAAGAAGCCUCCGAGAGCUUGAGAAAAAGAAGGGGAAGGUCCGCCCUUCUUUUUCCUUUACCCCCCCCUCCCCACAUGUCUUUCCUCUCCUCCACUUAACAGGAACUCGGAUCUGCCGAUCACAACACUGCCUUGUGUGAGGAGGCUUUGUCAGCAGGGGCUUUAUUUAAUUUUUUUUAACGGCAGAGUGCCUUAUAUGCUGUCAAAAUGUCUUAAGAGUCUUAUUAAAGAAAUGCCACAGCUCAUUUCCUUGUAAUGCAAUUCAUAUGCUGGUGAAUGGGGGCAUGUCUAAAGAUCUAAACAGCUUUGCUUUUUAGGCUUCACAUUAGGGGUUAUCUGUGAGGGCUUGUCAUUGAUUGACAUUAUCUGGCCUGACAGGGCCUCAUAUCAAGGUUAACCUCAUGGACAACAGUGCCACCCGCACGGACACACAUCCACAUAGACUCUGUAGUCAAAUAAGGCACGCUCUCUUCAACUUCCCGUUGAGAGGGGUGCUACGUAUGUGUGCCGGCUUCAUCUGUGUGUGUAAGCCAGGUGGAGAUUUCCAGACUUAAUUGAUAACUAAUGGAGCGGCGUGUGCUGAGUUUACCCUGGAGGAUUGACACUGUGUGUGUGUUUGUGCAUAAAUGUGGGUGUGUGCGUGUCCUGUGGAGUGUUAGAGGGGGUAGGUGAUGGUAACAGGAUGGGGAUGACUUACUCAGCAGUGUAGCUCCGGAUUCUGGUGAAUUAAAUAUGGCCCUAAAGAUAAUAACAUGGAUUGACACAUACCAGCCUGGCUGCUCCUGACCUCUUGGGCAAGCAAUCCGUUCUCUUUGCCAUAAAAAAAAAAAAAAAAAAAAAAAAAAAGUGUGUAACCAACACUCAAAUCAGAACAACACACACAGUCACACACAUCACCCCUUCUCCCUCCCAACAAGCCACAAAGGCGAAGAGAGAUCCCCGUGACCAAAAUACAACUGAAGCAGUUAAUCUGUACAGAUAUUAGCUCAAGGGCCCUUGAGAGGUGCACCGCUGAGCCCCUUCUCCACUGUACUACCCACACUGCCUUGCUGGUGAAUCACACGCAGCAGCCAUGAGGGAGGGACACAGGGUCGUCUGCUCAUUUACCAUGGCGGUUGGCUUAUCAAAUUGCACUCCUGGUGUCUUGAAAAUGAACAUGGGAGCCGAGCUUCAAAACAAAGCUGCAGGAAUAAAUUUCCCCUGUUCUGUCUGUCAGGGCAUGGGACUGUGUGUGAUUGUGUGUUUUUGAGAGCGGAGUUUUAGCCUCCUGCAACAUUUAUAAAUUAAGACAUCAUCUGGUGCCAGCUGCAAGUCCAGAUUUGAUGUACAAUUUUAACAAGUUAGCCGUGUGUCCCAUGAAUUACCCUAAGCAGCAAACUCAAUAAAAGUUGGCUGUUUUGGUACGAGGCUGUCAGAAUGGUUCUUGUCACUCAUGUCAGAUUGUUUUUCUCUCUCCCUUAGACCAUUUUAGGCUGCUUGUCCUCUGUUCUGGAAAACACCAUAAUUACCCUGUUUGUGAUGAAGCCAGAGGGCGUAUUUGUCCUUAGAUUUCAACUUUCCUGUCUGAUUGCCCUCAAGUUCAGCGUCUUUCCUCUUCCGUCUGCACUUGAAAUAUACAUUGUUUUCUUCAGCCAUUGUCCUGCGCUGCUAGUGUGUGUGUGCGUGUGUGUGUUUAAGUGCACGCAUGUGUGUGUGUUAUAAGGGUUUGUAUCUGCCUUUGUCCUGCAGCGUCUUCUUUGUGUUUAGCAGCGGUGUGACGGGAGCGUAGCCCUUGGCUGAGGGACUGUGUUUGAUAACAGCCUGUGGACCAAACUGAAGUGUACGAGUCCAAGCGGGUCCUUCAAGGUCAGCACCCCCAGAAAGACGGCACACAAUGUGCAAGGUCACAUUCUAGACUAAAAGCAAUAAGUGCUUUAUUGAUAGGAGAAAAAAAAAACAAGCAGGCAGAUGUGCAACCAACUGAUUAAUAAUAAAAUACAUUUGUGGGAGAGAGGGAGGAAGGGGUGAGGGGAGGGCGGAGGGGAGAGGUGACAGCCACCUCUUGACUGUUUAUCCGUGUCUUUUGAACUAUACGUGUGCACCAGCAUGAAUGCAUUUACAGUAGUUUUUUCCACAGAAAAACAUUGAUCUAAAAAAUCAAUACUCAAAUCCAGUGGUUUAAAAAAAGAACAAACUUUGACAUAUCGGUGUUUGUUCCAGUUUCCUGGGAGCACAGUCCCUCACUUUGUGCCUGAAUUAUAUCCAAACAUGACCGCAGUUUUCAGGACUUAUAAAGUAGAGUGUGAGAGUGUGCUCUUUAAACUCACUUCUCCUGUUUUGACAGUAAUCUAUGUGUCAUAUAUAUAUAUAUUUAAUCAGUGUCAUAUUUUAUGACAGGGACAACAGUCACUGUAGAUACCUUUUUUUCCAUUCAGUCACUUUAUGAACAAUAUGCCUUUUGUACCACACCUUCAGUGCUAUUAUCUUUUAUGAAAAUAAGCAGAGGGCAUUGGACUGUCGUCAUCUUUUAUAUGCCUUUAUCAUGCCUCCUCUCAUGCUCUCCCUACCUCUUGCUCUGCCUCUUUUCCAACCUGGCAAACCUGCCAAGUGAGUAAAGCUCAAAAGUGGAUCAGUAAGUGGCAGAUUUAGAAUUGAGGUGGAGAAAGCUAAGUCCCCAGUCCCAGCAAAACCUGUUUCUUCAGGAGGACUCUUAGGGACAAGGGGGUUGGGAGAUUUCUAUACGCUCUGCCUUCCCCUUUCUCUCAGUGAUUCACUUACAGUAGUCUUCCCCGUCCCUACUUCACAGCCCCCUUUUUAAAUCCCUUCUCUACAUAAACUUCUUCUCAGAUGUACCCACCCCUAAACCCCCAUCUAUCAACUAGUUGGCAAUGGCAUUGUUUUUAAUCAUCAGAACCUCAAAAUUAUUAUUAUCGCUUCUGAUGCAGCAAUUAAAACUUCAGGUCAGAGGCACAACGAGCGGUGAUCAGCAGCCGAGCUGAGAAGUUUUAAUUAGACGAUCAGAACCAUUAAUGCACAAAAAAAAGGUGUGCGCUGGGAAAUUAACGGGAACGUCUUAAUCAGGGUUAGCGACUCCGAAGAGGAGUCAAGUGAACAGAGAGCAAAAAACAAAUCAUUUCCGCACCACUGGGACAAAACUCAAUUAAAUAUGCAUGCGGAAAAAUGGAAAUUUCUAAGCAUCGGCAGCACAGACUGUUGGAAAACUGUGGCAAAAUCUCACUGCAGGGUCGACGACCUGCUUAUUGUUAUUCUUGUGUAAUAAAAAUGAGAGAGGGGCCAGAUGCUGGGGUCUGGGUGUCGUGGCGUAGUUGUCCAUCAGUGGCUUUCCGCUUGACUUCCUUGUGGCUGCUGCAGCCUCUCUUCCGUGCAGUGAGGGAGAGAGGGAAAAAAGAGAAGGAGGAAAACAUUCUUUUCCUGCAAGCCGUAAAUUUACAAAAAUAAAAACAUGGUAAUUUCAAGUGUGUCUCUGCAUGUUUGCCUGUGUGGCCCAGUGAUUUCCCUGAAACACACAUGCACACACGCUCUCUCAUAUAUAUACAUCUCUCUUGGGAGCUAGAGACACAAAAGGUUCACUGAGCUACACACGGGGAACUGCAGUCUUGUCAAUUAAUCUGCCGAAGGUUCAUAAAGUUAGAACCAGGUUUUUCUUUUUUUUUAAAGAGCUAAAGCAACUCUCUGUUGCAUAUUGUAAAAUAAUCCUGAGCUGAACAGACAUCUCCCAGACCCUGUUUGUAUUAAUUAACUCCUGAUAUUGCGGGGGGUUUGUCCCUGUGUCAGUCAUGUAGGAACUCAGCAGGAAUCUACAACAAGCCCAGUACCUGUGUUUGAUUAGGUGGAGACAAAAGCCACGCUUUAAACAGGUAGUAUCUGACUCUCUCAUUUACAGACCCCUCUGUAUGCUUGUUUCAUACAUGCUGCGGGGAGUUUGUGAAUUAAAGGUGUAUCUUAACAAUAAAGUCAUAUUAUUUUUUCACUUUUUCCAUUUUACUCUUUAUCUUUCAUUAGAAAAUGACAAAAAACCUUUUGGACAGAAGCGCCCUGCUCUGGUCUGGUCUGGUUUGUUAGUUAGAAGUAAAGUCACAGCCAUGUUAAAUCUCCCAUUCUUUACCCCAAGCUGCCUUGAUUGCAGUCUGUGCACGUUCACACAAAUAAUGCACUUCCAACAGCGUUAUUAGGAUUUGAAACACCACUUGAUUGGGCAUGAUAUCAUUCUGGCACACAAACAGAUACUCUGCAUCAAAAACCAACAAGACCUGUGGGGCUUAGAGCUGUGAAAGAGUAAGUCUGUAAGUAAGGAGAGCUCGCCUUGAACACAAUCUGUGUUAUCCGGCUCUGAGAAGAAACAGGCACACAAAGAUCUUUGAAGCUCUUAUUUUUGACUGAAGAUGAAAAAGAACUUGACCUGCUCCAAAUGUAUUCAAAAUAGUUUCUUGAGUUUUUCCUCAGGUUUUGGCCUUAUACAGACAGUAAAUGGCUCUCCUUUGUGGCCCUGCACUCUUUCCAGUAAAAUAGUGUCACAGCUAACAUAAGCAGCUGGAAAAAUUAGUUUCAGCUGUUGUGUUCAAAUUCAAACCUGUCUGUUUUUUCCAGUGCUUACUGAGGUGUCUCCUACUUGACAAUUAGCACACCAGGCUAAAACAGACUGUAAAUAAUGUCCAAUGCCUGUGACAGUGUUGUUUUUCAUUCUGAUAUUCAUUAAUAAGGCAGAAUGCUUACUGGACUCUAAGGGAGGUGGGGGAGUUAGUCCCAGAGGGAAAAGUUGUUCUUUCAUGUAGGUCCCCACAGAUUUUAUCUCAUUGUACGCUAUCAUGCACACAAACGACUUGAGGUAAACAGCUUAGUGUUACCAUAGCAAUCCCUAUUGUAAGCAAUGGCAAAAAGCUGCUGUGGACAGAAACCCUCAGCAUAAAUAAUAGUUUAGACAGCUACCAUAAACCACUGAACCAUAGCAUGAUACUCCUCACAGGAAGCUCACAGUAUUAUAUUUGCUUUGAAGAACAUACUACCUCUAGAAAUAAACACUGAAUUUGCAGUGAAGAUGUUGGUUAAGGUAAAGCUGCCUUACAUACUUCACCAGCAGCACUUAGUCCUCAGAUAAUGCUCCUUAUUGUUAACAGAAAACCACACAUAAAUACUCACUAAUGGAAAGAAAUAACUUUGUAGGGGUCAUUUCCUACAAGGAGCUUGAGAUUUCAAUGCAAAGGAAAUCGGUAGUUAAAGUAUGAAAUACUGAAUGCAGUAAACAGAAAAAUGACCUCCACUGCAACACCCAUAUGACCUCAAUCUUCCUUUGUGGAGUAUUUCUGAAGAAAAAAAAAAGAAACACAACUUGAAAAUUUAUGUCUUCCACUUCCUAAUAGUUUUUCCAGCUGAUCUUUUUUUUUCUUCAAAAUUGCUGUCCUCUUAAAGGUGACCCUUUCACCUCCGCCUGCAAUUGUCUAACACUAAACUGUACAGUAAUGCGCCGCUGAUAUAUGGCCCACUCAAAACUACAUAAUUCCUGAAGUCAUUGUUUCAGAGAGGAAGUGUGCAAUGUAAAUACAGUAACUGAGAAAGCAUGUGUGGGGGGCACGGGGUGCAUUGUCUGGCGAUGGGGUGAUCUGUAAACUCCUUCAGAUUGUAUAUCCUCUAAUGAUCCCACAGCUUUGCAAAAGAAAAUGAAAACAGGAUUUUAUGUUGCACUGAUGUGAUUUACAUAAUGCUGGCAAUGGCUCACACAUGAUUGUGCUGGGCUUUAUGGCUGAGGAAUAAUGAGGAGGCUUGUACUCAUUGUUAUAGAGAGUGAAUCGACUCUUUAAGAUAGAACUCAGUUACCUCUGAUAACUCAUAUUUUCUUUUUUCUGCUGAUACAAUUCAUAGCACUGUAUGGUGUAUUAUCUUUAGCACAGCAGGACUGAGUUAGAUUCAAUAUAGCUUCAAACAAAAAAAAAAAAUAUGACAGCUAUGGCAUGCUGUUGAACUGUUUUCACUGAGUCUGGCUGGCAAAGCUUUAAUAACUGCUGAGUAAAAAAGAAAGUCAACUAUUUACACAGUAUAAAAGUUAACAUGUUGGUCUGGCCGCUCAUGUUUUUUACUGCUUCUUCUAAACCUGUGUUGUUCACGGUCACUUCCUCCUGCCUUCUUAAAAGUUAUUUACAACUUGAUAAAGAUCUGGCCUUGAUUUUGAGUCAGCAAAAUGCAGUUGGAAGGUGAACUUUGGUGGCUCUGGAAAUAAAGUGAAAGGUACUAGAGUGCAGUUUCUGCCCUAAAAAGGCAGCUCUGGAUAUGGAAUGCCACAGGCAGCUGUUCCUGCCUCAUCAGAGGACAUGUUAUAAAGAUAGCCCCACUUGGGUCGAAAUAAUGCCACCCAUUCCUGCCCUAAAGCACACUCUAUCAUGCUCCAUUGUUCAGAGAGGCCACACUGGAAGAAAGAAAAGCUUGAGACUGUGCAGUUUGUCUUGUUAAGCAGAGAUAUGUAAAACAAGGUAUCUGCUUUUUUUGUUUCAUGUACCUGUGCUGCUGUCUCAGCAAGAUCAACGUGAAAAACAGGCUAUAAAACAGGGAAAUGUUUACAUGGCUUAUUAUUAUUGUUAUUAUUUUUAUUUUUAUAAAGUGAAACCAGCAGCCUCUCCAGAGCCCGUUUUAAGUCUAAUUCCUCUGAAUGGCCAACAUGAGAGCGGCUCCAAAAAGCUUAAAAGUGCUCAGCGUUUUCACUCCAUGUCUUGACAGCUUUAACGCUGUACAGCCCCCCACUCAGUGGCAGGACCACAGCCUCUCGAGGUGAGAGUGAAGAUAACAUUUCACGGUGUCUCUAUAGCCCUGUCAUGUGAAGGAUUAUGUCGCUGUGCUUUUGCUGCUUGUAGUACUGUAGGAGGUCUGAUACCUAUCAGCCUGUGAUUUCAGCUGCCUGCACUUUUUUUCUCCUUUUUUUCUCACCCUGGUGUUAAACUCUGAGCUGACCGAAGAGGUGUGACUAGAAAGAUAUGUACAGUAUCUCUGUGUCCUUCCAGUCUUGUGCUGUUAUUAAGGCCCUCUGGGUGGUAUUAAUAGCAGUCACUGUUGUUCUGGGUUGUUUUUCCAUUGUGAUGAAAGUUAGUGAAAGGUAAAACCUGCUUCAAACUUUGUUCCCAAUGGAACUAAAAGCACACCUUGUAGAUCUUUUUGAAGAACCUGCUUAUGGUUGGAAAAAUGUAAUUAUUUAAUGAUACUUGUCUGUUAACAGGUCAUGCAGAUGGAAGAGACAUUUCAACAAAAAUGAACUCAUCUUGAAUCUUUUUCUUUGUUCCUUUUUCCCUCAGCUGAAAGGAGUUUAUGCACUGAAACGACCUCAGGAAAAUCCAAGAUGGCCGCCAAAAGGAAAGGUGGCCUAAAACUCAAUGCGAUCUGUGCCAAGCUGAGCCGCCAGGUGGUGUUCGACAGCAGCUCCCAGAAUGCAGAGGGAGACCAGAGUGUAGCAGAAAACAGUGAACGUGGCAGUUCCCACUACGAUGACAGCGAGACCAACUUCCCAGAGAGCCUGAGCUUAAAUCAGAGCCUGGAAGAGGACCAGAAGAGACGUGAGGCCAUCGAAAAGUGGGUUAACGGCGAGUAUGGCGAUGAGCCACCAGUUCCUGAGGAUGACCAGGAGCAUGAACUCAAAGUCAACAAUGAUGAAGACGGGCCUCCUGAGGGCGUGUACAUGGUACAGCCCAAAGGCUGCAGCGAUGACGAGGAGGAGGCCGAGCCUGCAGCAGGGUCUCAUGAUGGCAGUUUCCAUGACGACAAAGAACCUGAAGACAGGCCUUCAAAAGAUGACACCUACAUGCAGCCAAGCGAGGCCCCGAGUCGCCAAGCACCUUUCUCCUCUCCAGGUACAUUUUGACUUUCUUUCAGUCAGGUGUUUCUGCUGUACUCAACUCACUCCUUCACUUUUUUUAAUUCACUCUGUACCAUCACCAUCUUAAAAACCUUAAAAACACUGUAUCAAGGAAAAGACGCUCAGAUAGAGGGUGGGUGACACUGGCACAUCUACAUAAGCUUAAGUGUGCCCAUUAUUGAAGAGUGAGUAACUCUAGAGUUACAUUAAGAAUAGCCAGUGACACUAUUACCCUAAAGACAGAUUCAACUGGCAGGCCAGGGGGGAAACAGAAACUUGUCAGUGUGUGUGGUUAACUCUACAAGAAAUUCAUAAAUGGAGAGGGCUUACAACAUAAGGCCGCUUCUGCAGCUGUGGGCCAAGAGCGGAUGGCAGGACCGGGCUAAGCUUCAUAUUACACCCAGGAUUACAUUUUGAGUCUUUGAUUUUCUCUAAGCUCACUAAACUUAGCCUCUGCUUCAAGCUCCUCUGUUUCAUGGUAUUGUAGUCUGCCAUGGAGGAGCUUGUUUUUUGAUUUACAGUUGUCAAAUCCCGGUGAUCAGAUCAAAUCAGAAAUAGAAGUUUUAUUGCAUGACCAGACCACAGUUAAGCAUGAUACUGUCUUCUCAAACUCAAUAGUGAUUUCAUGAAAUUAAUGUUAGCAGACAUGAACACAUUAGAAUAAAUCCUUCAAUACUUUAUCUUCUUUGAAAUGACUCAUAAUAACCUCUGUUUAAUUGUGACAUGGUGUACCUUGGGUGUAAUUCACUGAUUAUCAAACAGAUAAAGCUGGCAGACUUUCAACUGUCAUUUUAAAGCAGUACAAGUAUGCAUGGACUGCAUAAACAGUCUUUUAAAAGAAGUGCUGUUGACUGUUUAUUCCUUUGUGACUGUUGAAACCAGAUGCAGUUUUACUAUGAGGAGAUUAGGCUUUGUAUUGCACAAGUAAAAACACAGAACUGUGUAAAGCGAGAGAAAAAAAAAAGAAAAAAACAGCUUGGUUGUAUGAAUUGAUAAAACCCUUUUCACCGACACGCAGUGGAGAAAAAAAACAGCAAUUUGCAGGUGAGACCGGUUGUUGCGGUACAAAAACAAGUUUUUUUUUGAGCUUACUCACAUCAGUUUAACUGCUUUUUGGUCUUUCAUCUAGGUCUAGGUAUCUGCCUCUGUGUCAUGUUCGCAUGCUCUUUUUGUCUUCAUUUCUUUUGUUUUCACCAACUGCACAGCAGUGGCUCUGGCCACACUCAGAAUUGGGGGCAGGGGCUUCUCAGAAAAAGAAGCAGGUUUCAUAUCAGAGCUAAAUGAAAAAAAAGUCCUUGUGGUUUUAAUUAGUCAUUUUGUGUUUAUUUCAUGGUCAUGAAAAAGCCUGUGUGUAAAUAUGUAUCACUGUUGUGUAGCAGGCCUACACCUUUCCUUCCACUGGCUCCCUCACUACUUUACAUCUCACAACAAAGCCGCUGUUUGAAGACUGCGGGGAGAGCAUACUGCAUCAGUUGCAAAUCUUGUCUUAAGAGUUUUUUUUUUUUUUUUCAGAGUUGUUCUUUGUUGAUUGUAACUAGGGCAUCUAUAUUGCCAUGUUUCUGCUCAGCACACAAUUAAAACAUUUUUUCCCCCGCUCUCUCUCUCUUGCCGCUGUCUUUCAAAGGCUGAUGCGGAGUGCACGUAAUUAUGCAUAUAAACAUAGUGGCUUAAUUAUCUCUCACAACAUCAGUGACAAUGUAAUUAACAAACAUUGCAAGAUCAAUGAGAGAAACUGCGACCUUCAAAACAUUUAACUCCUCACAUUGAGGCAUCGUGCGGAUUUCCUAUCAGUGCAAAACCCCAGAAUACUUUUCCUAGAUAAUUUAGAUGUCGCAUUAGAGCCCUCAUAAGCAAGUCAAUGGAAUAACCAAUGAAUAAAAACUAUGAAAGCAAUGACAGAGAUGCUCAUAGCGAUGGAUCAAACAGGCUUGACCAUGACUUCCAUUUGCAAUUCUGGGUUCACUGUAAAAGGUUAUUGUUCAUUUCAAGUGGUUUCAAAGCCCUCUCUAUUUACUGCCUGUUAAUUAACUAACCAAACAGAGAGGAAGUUUGAAGCUCCGUACAGUUUUGUGUGUGGCAAAUUAGUCCAAACAAAUUCACAUAAUGUCAUUUAUUCAAAGCAACUCUUUAUCAGGAUACCACUGUCCGUUUAAACAAAACACACUUAAACUAAUUCACUCACACAGGCACAAAUUGCUUUUUAAAACUAUUUAAAUGAUUGUACCAUAUGAAAUAAUCCCAUUGUGCAGAACUUAUUCGAAAUGAAAUCAUAUAAAAACCCUGCAUGUUAUUAAACCAUUUUUCAACUAAGUAGUUAACACUGUGUAUGUCAGGUUCACAACUGACAACCUAUGGAGGGUAUUACAACUCUAGAUUAGUCCAUAUAUAGCUGCUAGAAUGCACCAUUAUCAUCAGCGACACCUCUGUCUCUCAGUCCUGGGAGUAGAGAAGCUGUGCCAUGCUGAUGGCCAUGUUUGGUCAGCCUAAAGGAGAUAGAAUACACAUCUGUUAUCAUAUCUAGGAGGGUAAAUGUAGCCUAAUUGCCUCAAAUAUAGACAAGCCAGGUCUGCAUCAGUGUUAGGACUUGCUUGCUUGAAGUGUCAGAUUAGAAACCGUUUAAAGUAGAUAUUCUAGUGACACUAGAGAAAGUGCAGAGGGAAAUGUCAGGUUCACAGAAAAACAAGGAAAAAGGACAUGCAUAGACAAAAAAGAAGGUAGAUGUUAAUGGUUUUUCAUUUAUUUUUCGUUUUAUCUUUGAGAUGAGGUGGGAUUAGUUGUUGAAACAAUGUCGUCUUGCUCCUUAAGGUUUCCUACCAGGUAUCACAUGACUUCAUUAAGAGGCAGGCAGAUACUUAAGUAGAAAGUCAUUUAUACGGUGUUUAAGAAAGGUUAUCUGCUGUCACUGACAGUCAUAAUCCUUUCAAGUUCAAUCAUUUGCCUUUCAUUGAUAGCACAUCGCAUGGCUCCACCGGGGAAAUGGAGACUUGACGACUUUUUUUAGAAGGUUAUAAUAUUACCAAAGCAGAUAGAAUAUCAACAAAAACUAUUUCUACAUGCAGAUGAGGAACUGCAUGUCUUUCUGCAGCCCUGAAUCAAUGUGAUUUAUCCUCAAAUAUUGUUGAUGUUGUCUUUUAGUUUUUCUCCCAAGCAUUUUACAAUUUUUUUUUUCCCCCAGUAAUUUUAAAAAUUUACUUCCAUCCAAUGUCAAAUCCACCUUUUUCUCUUCAGAUACCCUUAGUAAAGUGGAGUUUGUUAUUUUGGAUCACUGGUGUGAAGGGGGGUUGGCCCUAACUUUAGAGCUAUAUGAUAUACUGUGACCUAAGAUACCCUCAUAAAUGCGGCGGCUGUAAAAUGCCUGCAACCGCUAAAGUUAUCAGCACCUAAAUGACGUGAAAAGAAUCUCAAGCGUAAGAACAUUUUAGAUGGAUAUGUUCAGAUGUUUUCAAGUGAUACUUAACACUAUUACACUUCUAUAAUUACUUGAACAGGUGAAUGAAAAAAAAAGCUUACAUAUACAAUAAAUGAAAUUGUUGUGUGAUACUGGUAUGUAUAGUUUAUCAGUAGUAUGUAGUUUCAGCAGAUUUGGUAAAAUGAUCUGCAUUCAGGUAUUUCUUCACAAAUACCGGGUCUAUUUCUCUUACAUUUUUUAUGCUCUUUCAAUUCACCAGAUCCUCUUUCAUACUGAUCCACCGUGCAGUGGAGCAACCCCAACACAGUGAAUGGAAAUUUAGGGAUUAUUUUACAUGCCGUGUAGGAGAUGUGAAAAGCAAGGCACAGGGACUGAUUUAGCAAUAACUGAGACAUUUGAGACAAGUGCAGAAAUAUUUGUGGAUGACUUUCCCUGGUGGAUGUUGGUAAUAUUACUUCUUGUGAGCUCAUCUGUGCACUAGUGAUGAAAAAAAAAGCAAAUAAAUAAAAAAAGAAAGCAAUAUUAACUAUUGUCCAGUUACAGUGUCAAAGAGGAGCUCAGAGGGUUACCAAAGAUUUUCUAUGAUGCUGGUAAAUUAUCAUCUACUUAAAAGCAUGCUUAUCUGUGUUCUUGUGUACUGACACAAUCAGGGCCUUUUGGAAACCACAGCCUAUCUCUCCUUUUUUUUCUUUGUGUCUCUCUCGAUCACUCUUUCUCUUUUCUGUCCAUUCUCCACUUUGUGAUGCAGAACUUUGUCCCUCCACUGCUUUCAGGCCAAAUCAUUUUUCCCUUUUCCCCACUCUCUGACCUCUUGCACUAACCUGGAUGAGAGUUAAUGGGCCAGAAUUAAUCUCCACAUAAUGCAAUUAGACUAUACAUUGACUAUAUUUCGCCCAUGUCCUUGGGGAAGUUGUCCAAUUUAAUUGACUCUUAAAAUGAAAGUGAUGUUUCAGUUCACAAAUGUGUAAAGAGAGGAAAGAAGGAAAGGUUUGCUCUUUUCACUCUUGAAGGUGACACAAUAAUCACCUUGUUUUCCAAUACUUUACUCAUAGCUCUGUGAGGGGACAAAUAAUUUCUCUUAACACAGCAUUAAUUUAUGUAGAUAUAAUUGCUAUCUUUAAUACUUAAGCAUCCGUCUUUGUUUUGAAAAAGACUAAUAAAUGCCAUGGUAUUAUCAAAUGUUUUUAAGAAAGUUCCAUAAAUUUGUUUCAGAAUUUUAACAAAUUCCUGUUCUUACUUUAGUAACACUUAACUCAGUAAAGCCUCUAGUGCAGUCUCUUGCAAAGUCUGCAAGACUGACUUUGAGUGCAACCCAAACAGGAAGAGCCUUGCCUCAAACUGCAUGUUUAUUGAUUCAUAAACGCCAAGACAUGCUGUGAUAGCUUGAAAGAAAUCAUCCACUUUAGCUAUUUCAAAAUAAUGCCUUAAAAACUGUUACAAGAAAAUACUUAAUGACUCUUAGGUGUACCACAUACAAUAAGCUUUAUAUUUACAGGUCAUAUUUGCAGCUUUAAAGAAAAAAAAUCUCAAUUCAGUUUUAGGACUCACUUAUAAAGGAGCUUGUUUUUGUUGUCCUCUGCACAGGAGAAGCAUCUGCCCUGAGAGACUAUGCAGCCAACACCAUGAAUGAAUUUUUAGGAAUGUUCGGUUACGAUGACCAGCAGGUAAGGGAUGAGCUGACCAAGAAGAUCAGCUUUGAGAAGCUCAAAGCCGCUACCUCAGACCCCUCAUCCCUCAGCAGUGAGGAGGCCUCACGGCGCGCCCGCUUCUCCAAGUACGAAGAGUACAUACGAAAGCUAAAAGCCGGUGAGACCCUACCUUGGCCCAUGCAUGCUUCCCCACCCAAACCAGAGGACCUCAACUCGAAACUGGCCCAAGAUAAGAGCGCUACCAUGCUCCAGACCUCCGGGUCCCUCCCAGGGGCUGAGGCACAGAUCUACCCCUCAAGCCUGGACCACAAACAGCCAGGAGGACCUCAGUUGGGCACGUCUCAGCCACCAAAUCCCUCUCACAUCCAGAACUUGGCAUCCCGAGCCUCCAAGUAUGACUUCUUUAUUCAGAAGCUGAAGAUGGGUGAGAGUCUGCAGCAGCAAAACGGUAAUGCUUACAAACGGCCCUCCAAGUAUGACCUCGAGAACGUUAAAUUUCUGCACCUUUUCAAGCCUGGUGAGGGCAACCCUGACAUGGGGGGUGCCAUUGCUUAUAAGACUGGCAAAGUGGGCCGCCCUUCAAAGUAUGACAUCAGAACAAUUCAGAAGCUGAUGCCGGGAACUCAAGAGACCUCCCUGAUGCCCAAUGUCCUUGCCACAGCACCAGGGAAUCCAGGAGCUCCUGGUGUUCCUACUGUAGGUGCAGCUGGGGCCACCAUCGCCCCAGGGCUCACUGUGGACCAGACAGGACAUAUAAGCUUCAACGCCUCCGACUACCUAAAGUCCAGCUUCUCCAAGACUGACUCCAUCACCACAGGCACCGUGUCUUCUGUAAAGUAAGUCUGUUCAAAUGUUUAAUGAUCAUAUGAAUCCAUAAUUCAUGCACAGUGAAAUCUCUGCGAAGGCUAUUCAAUACGUCUGUCAUUUAAUGUCCUUUAUAUAUAUAUAUCUGCUUUAGAACACUAAAAGAAAUGAAUAAUGAUUCAUGAGAAUGCAUAAAUCCUUUCACCUUUACUUUAGUUUUGUUAAAAAGAAAAGACAGAGUCUAUGCUGCGGAAAACAAGUUUAAAAAUUCUAUUACCAAAAAUGGCCUUGGUUCUCACAGAAGAACUAACUGUAUGAAAAAACAUUUAACUUUCUACAUUUCAACUCUGCUGGACUGGACAAAAGAACGCUACCAUAGUAUUUUACAUUUUUGCUGUGACUAAACUUUCCAGUAAAUAUUCAGUCAGUCGCUCAUGAAUUAAACAAAUUUGGAACGUGGGAGAAAACCUUUCAUUCAACAGUUUUAGGUAAGGAGUUACUGUGUGACACACUAUGAUAGUAGUUUGAGCCAAAACAUAACACAUCUUUUCUGCAUCAACCAAUAAAUCACACAGCUUGUCAUUAAAUUUCCAAAUUAAAGUUUAUGAGUGCAUAGAAAAGACCCCAAGUUCCAGUGGAACACCUCGGAGCUAAUGUGAGGCUCACAUACACUUAACUGCUACUGUGAGUCAGUUAGCCUAACGCAAAGGUAAUUGCUACCUCUAUAGCAGCCAACAGGAAUGUAGUGUGAAAUAGCGCAUAGCGCCCAAUAGAUCCACGACAUGAUGAGUUGAGAAGGCACAUGAAGUGUUUACUCGCUGUAGCACUCCAUGGAGACUGAUUUAGCACAGUCAUCGCAAAGUGACUGACUUCUCUCGUUUGGCUAGGGUGUAACAACUCUCCCUUUAAUUACUUUGGAGCCAUGACUAACCUCCCGGCGAGUCACAGGGGCCGACUCUACACUGCCUGACGAGUGCACUUUAAAGGAAGCAAACGAGGGGUUUGGGGAACUAGCCUACAGUCCUGUGCACUACCAGUAGGAAACAGCUCCCAGAGUCUGUUUGAUUGGUUUUGACCUUGUCUCUAGUUAGUCAUGACCUAUCAAAGACACUGUUCAAGAGCCCUCAGGCACCUCUCCCUCAGGCUUUGGCCUUUGUCAGGUUGGGGCUCUAGGAAGCUACAAGCUUUGGUAACUGACCCAGUCUGGUGCUUAUAUAGAGGAAUGAGAGGGGGUCCUGGGGAGACUGUCUGGCAGCGUAUCCUCCCCUCUGGGUCAGAUUAACCUCAGGUCAUCCCCUGUGUGGAGCCGCUCACAUGUAGCUCAAUGCUUUUUUUAAAAAGACCAACAGAACCAGUUGUUUCAUCCUACACACAGUACAGCUAUCAGCCUCAUGGAGAAAAUCACAUCACAGGUGACAAAAGUACACUGGGUUCCUCUGUGGCCCCUCUGUGAGGUGAUAAAUUCCUCUGGAGUUCCUGUUUUGAAGCAAAUCGGACUGAGUAGACACUGGUAAUACACCACUGAGCUUCAUCUAGAUGCAUUUAAAGCUGCUGUGUUGUCUUACUUGUUUUAUUAUAAUGAGUCCAGACUGAUCGGAGACAACUUGACAUCAGUAUCAGAGCCAAGGUCCUUGGAGGGUUUCAGAAAAGACCUUUUCAGAGCUUUUCUUCCUCAUCCCCAUUAUCCCGUUUUGCAUAUGAGCACUCUCCAAAAUACUGCAUAAAAGAUUAAUGUCCCUUUGCUCCUGCGUUUUACCUCUCAUUGGGAGACUAUGCAUCAAAGUGUGCGCCUUCCAUCCCUGAUUCAUAAGGCACAUGAAAAUGCUGUUAUGCUGCAAGAAAAUGUAUAUUGAUAGUCCGAAGUUUGGGAGCGGCUUGUAAGUAAAUAUUGUGUCAGUUUGUUUUUAUUAACAACAGGCAGCCCAACCUCACCAUUAAUCCUGUCUCUUUUGUGUUUGCUGUUGCAUUAGGAAUGGCCUGCCACCAGAUAAACCCGCCAGCGACGACGUCAACCUCUACCAGAAAUAUAUUGCCAGGUAUGCAAAUCCCUCAAUGAGCGGCACGGGUGAAAAAAUAUACUCAAAACAGAGAUGAGCCUUUUUCCAAUCCACUGAUGGUGUGUUUUAUUCUGGGACUCGUGUGCCGUAAAUUGAUUGAGAAAAAGACUUCAGGUUAUGUGUUUAAAGGAAGUAGAAGGAAGAGGGAUAAUGAAAAUAAAGUGGUUUGAUGGAAGCUUACUGUAACUGGUUGGAAAGAAAGGCUCAUGGUGUGCAUAGCAGUGAAACAUUAGAGGGAACAUAAUUCUAUCCAAGUCUGUAGUGCUCACUAUGACUGACACAGAGAGGAUAUGAGCUGAGGCUGAGGUCUUCUUGCACUCUGCCAUUUAUUGUUGAACACAACAGGAACUGACUGAUCUAAAAAGUCAGUCAUUCACACCAACAGAGACAAAAACAUCAGACGAGGGGAGGUAUCUUGUGUUUCAAUGGACACAGAACAAUGUAGCCCAUUCUGGAUUCAUUUUGAGCCGACACUAGAAAGGUGAUUAUCACUUGUUUGUUUAUUCCAUUUAAAAAGAGAGAAAAACAGCAUUUGAAAAGCCAAAGUGGCUUUGGCGUUAAUGAUUACUUCUCCAAGCCAUAACAUGAAGGGCACAAAUCAAAGCCUUGGCACUGACAGACACACACACACACACACACGUACACACACACGUCCUUUUCUGCACACACAUACACACACAAAACCCCUUCCUUGGACUGAUUACAUUUUGCAAGAAGAUUUAAUUAAGGAAUUUUUAAUGAGGCUUCUGCUGGCACUGCCAAGAACUGUUUUGAUAUUUGCGCUGCAUAAUGCAUAAAAUUUGUCUAAACAUCUCGGCAGUUGAUGCACGGGGAGGCUGCAGAUAAGCCCAGAUACAGUUUCAAUUUCCGUGUUGGGGUUGGAAAAAAAAGAGAAAGGAUAGAAGAGGAGGGAGGAAAAAUGGAAAAGGAGGGCUCAUAAAAAGGGCAAAUGUAGCACUGAGAGGGGAGGUAGAAGCGGGGGAGGGUCCUCUUUUGAGCUUGGGCUAAUGAGUGCACACUAAUACUAAAAACCAGUGUUGUAAACGUGUUCAUGGCAGUCUUUGUGAAAAGAAGGAAAAAAGUUCUUCAUCUCUUCACAGUUUGAUAUUUUAAAGAGCUUCCUUUAUAGUGUUUAGUUGCAGAUUCACUCUUUAAAUGCUUUCAUGCACUCACUAUUGCCUCGGCACUUUGAUCUGUGUAUCUCCAUUGUAACUGGAGAUGCACUGCAAUCUCUGUAUCGUGGCGAUAUUAAUAUUUAAUCUGCUGCUGAAUAGCAGCGGCCCAUUAGGCCCCCUGACGCGGCAAGUGGGAAUUGUCCAGAGGCAAAGUGAUACAGCUGGGCAAUGAGCAGAGGGGUGGGCCAUAGUCUCAGGGGGAUGGGGGGCUUUGUGUGUUCAUAAGUGUAAAUGUGUGUGCGUGUGUAUGUAUGGGAAAGAAGGGUAUAGAAAUCAUUAAUGGUGGGGACAUGUUUAGACUUCAUUGUGUGCACACAGGUAGUUCAAGUCCUGGUUUUGUCUUUCCUAAAAGAGCCAUCAAACCUUCCCUAAACCCCCUCUACCACCAUCCCCAUUUUCCAGACACACUCACACACACACACACACACACACACACACACACACACACACACACACACACACACACACACACACACACACACACACACACACACAGCCAACUUAAAAAGAGUAGUGGAUAUGCCGUUCAAUUAGCUUAAUGAACUCAGCAAAGUGAUCUGUAAAUGCAGCUCUGGGAUAAUCCUAACAAGGAAAAAAACGAAAGAGAGAUGGAAAAAAUAUUACUUAGCCCCCUUUUCCCCCUCUCCUCUGCACUAGCAGAUGGAGCUCUUGGCAGCAGCAGUGCAAAUGUUUAUUUGUGUGUUUUCACUGGUAAUUGGAGGAUUUUAACAGUCAUCAUCGUCAGACUUAUAAUCACCACCGUAAAAGUGGCUGUACUGUUGCGAGCAGCGUGCCUUUUUUUUCGGUACACGAGUCAGACCUUCGUCUUUUUUGUACUACAGAUGAGAGUGAAAGAAUUAGUGGUGAAAAGUAGACAGAGCUGUUCAUACCUCUCACGAUACCUGACCCUACUCCUCACAAAGGAUAAAACUGUGGUUAACCUGAAAGAACUGUGCAUUGAUUUGACAAGGGUUUUCACAGCAUUUAGAAAUAAAGUAGUCAUCGGGUUCCUGAUGCCUGAGUGGGUGUGUGUAUGCGUGUCAAGGGAAAGGGUUUCAGUGUAAUAAGUGUCUCUUACGGCUGCUUUGGAAAUAAAUGGAGCUAAUUUGGCUGAAAUUGGUGUGACAGACGGGUAAAUUGUUGCAGCAGUGUGGAAAGCAGAAGCCAGUUUGAAGGUGUUACGUUGAAGGUGAGACGCGCAUAAUGCCUUUGAAAACUCCUUCACCUGUUUUAUUUUGGCUGUUCCCUGUAUUUCAAAUAAUUUUCCUCACUAAUCAUUCUUGAUUUGCUGCUGAUUACUUUUGAGUCACACUGUCGUCUUCCCGAGUGGCUUUAUCCCUGAGCUUUUUCAUCCCUCUGACUGCUCUUUGUGUGAUAAGCUCUGAUGCAUUCCCAGGUUUUGAACCAGUCCUGACUCCUUUUACUUAUACCAUUAGGAGCUGCUGAUACUGUGUUUAAUCAUCACACUGUGUCCUGUAACUUGGUUUUUCAGGUUUUCUGGGAGUCAACACUGUGGACACGUGCACUGUGCAUACCAGUACAGAGAGCAUUACCACUGCAUGGACCCUGAGUGUAACUACCAGGUGAGCGUGAGUACUUCAUCAAUUUUUGAGCACCUACAAAAUACCCAUCAACAAAUUCUACAGCAUGCUGCAAAUGUCCGUAUAACCUUCAUGUAUCACAGUUCAGAUUUUGACGAAGACUAAGGUACUUGUGUUUGAGGUGGCAGUCAAUAAGGUUGGAUGGUAUUUUUGAACAAAGUUAAAUACAUACAUCCUUUAUCCUGUCCUAAAAAAACAGGGCAUGUAUACCUUUUCGUCAGUUAAUUCAUUAUAGACAAACAGAAUCAUGUGUUUUCUUUUCAUUUUUAGUCACACCCAGCCAAAGUCUACUUAAAUGAAAAGUUUGUUUGCCCUAAUAGGCAGUGUGUGUUUACAUUGGUACAGUUCGCAGGCGUCUUCCAGGCACAGUCGGUCUUUGAUGGUUGGCCUUUAAUCACGAGGGUUAAUUGUAAAUAUGUUUGAAAUAUGGCUCUUUUUUAUCUAUGUGCUCCUUUUUUCCUAGAGACAUCUGCCACUGACUGGGGGCCUGCCUUUAAUCCCCUUUCACGUUAUUAAUCUUAUCCUGGUCCCGGGAGUUGUCAUGUGUGGCACAGGAAAGAGAAAAAACACAGAGCAGAUCAUAACACAGGCCUCGUGUUUGCCGUAGCAUAUGGCCUGAGAGAGUUAGACAAACACAGCAAGAUUUGUCAAAGAUGUCAAAAAUCCAUGCGAGGCUAGAGCUGUGUGUGUUUUCCUUCCUUUCUCAACAAUUUUCUGAAUUAAGUCAUCUUGAGCUGUAAUCUCCUUUGUCUGCUCCUGAUCAAGAGAGAUUACCGCUCGAUAAAUAUUGUUUAUCUGGUGAAAAGCAUUACAGAUCCAGGCUUUUAUUUUCUGCAUGAAUCACACUUCACAGUCUGAUGAGACACAUUCUUGGAGGAAUACAAAGGAAAAUCAUUUCAUGUCAUUAUUUAGAGUGUUAGUUCAGGUUAUCACGGCAAUUUCCACGGUCAGGUCCCCAUUUCUCUGUUGAUUUUGUGUUGCGUGGAAACACAGAUAUGCUUUGGGGCCAGCUCUCUGAGAUGUCAAUACCCUGAAAAAAAACAAGCAGGCAGUGAUGAGCAGCCCCUUUCGAAGCGAUAACUCAUGAAAUGUUACAUGACACACUCUCCUGGAAUAUUAUCCCACUGCCAGCCUCCGGGCGAUUGGCUGAGUCUUAACAUUCUCCUUUCAUGGACUUGUACAUGAGGGAGAGUGUGCAUCUUGCCACACUGGUGGGAAUCCUAAAAUAAAUGUAGCAAGUGGCUCCCAACCUUCAUCACCACUCAACUGAAAAUGAGAUCUUUUUCCCAGUCAGCUCUCUCCAUGGCCUAUUUUGGACCACUUGAUGGAUUGAAUGUACCACGACCACAGUUCAACUUAUCUUCCGGUCAUCAUUAACAACUAGAUGCCAGGAAGCACAAAGGCUCAGAGCUGAUUAUUUUUUUUUUUUAGUAGAAAUACUCAAAAACAUGUAUGAAGUAGAUUAAAAACAUCUUUUUCUCUACAGCAGUCAAACAUCUCAGAAGUAUGCUAUGGGAAACAGGCCAAGAGACAGAGAAUGAACAGCUGUGUGAGAUCUUAGUGUUUUACUUGUGCGCGAGUGGAACACAUGACACAAAGCAAUUACCCUACUUUGUACAGCAAUUAGUCGCUUUUUAGAAUAGCUCUUUCUGAUGUUUUUCCCUCAACUGGAGAUAAAUAUGGAUUGAAGGCAGAACUGUCUCAUUGAUUUGCGCUUCUCCUGUUACAGCUUCAGUAACAUCAGCUUAAGCCCAAUUACAGCAGAUUUGGUUUCUGCAGGGCUCUGCGGAGUGACUUCUCUGUUUUCUGUUCCUGAUCCUGGGUGUGGGAGGCAUUUUUUUCUGUCUUUAUUUAUUUUAUUAUUUUGUAAUUUAAGAAGGCGGGUCUCUUAGCAUAUUCACUCAUUAUUACAGGCUACGCGUUCACCAAAAGCGAGUGUUAACACUUUAAUUAAAAACGGAAUCAUAUCGCAGUGAAUUGAAAGGGAAAGCGUUUUUUGGUUGGCUUGUUUGUUUGUUUGUUUGUUUCCGUUGUCUUUCUGUUUUCCCCUGUGCAUGUCUGAGAAACCAUCUGCAUGGAACAUAAUUUUUCCAGAGCCAGAAACAUCAGAACUGUGAUCUUGCAUGUCAAUUGAUUUGUCUUAAUUAAAAAAAUACAUUAUGGUGAAAGGGAAAAAAUAAUGUAGAGACAGUGGGUGUGUGGGGAGUGUACUUGAUGUUCCAUGUGGAAGCCUUUCCUCAGAAAGUCCCAGAGCCUUCAGUGCUGCAUUUGGAUAGGACAUAACUUGAAGAUAUGCAAAGUAAAUCAAUAACCACAGAACGCGCCAUCUUUAAAGACAUCCCGGCCCUCUCCAUUGCAGCGUCUACAGCCCUCCCCAACUGCCAAUUGGCUCCUGCAUGUUGCAGCUGCUGCUUCCACAGAGAUAAAGUGACUUGUUGCUGAUUCUGUGACUGGUUUAAAUAAACACCAACCUGUUGCCGUACAUUUUUCCCCCUCCCCUUUUGCAGAGGUUUACCAGUAAGCAGGAUGUAAUCAGGCACUACAACAUGCACAAGAAGAGGGACAACUCUCUGCAGCAUGGCUUCAUGCGCUUCAGCCCUCUGGACGACUGCAGUGUCUACUAUCAUGGCUGCCACCUCAAUGGGAAAAGCACCCAUUACCACUGCAUGCAGGUACACCACGCAGACUCACACCUCCUCAUCCACCUACACGUGUAUCCACAAUAAACCCACAAAAACACACACAGUAGACAUGUAUGCACAUGAAUGCACACAGAUGGGAACAGAAAAACAUCUUUGAGUGCUUAAGCAUUACAUACAGUACAAAUAAGCCACAGCUCACUUAUGUUGGUAAGACAAUGUGAAAUGUAAUGCUGUGGAUAAAUGCAUAAUUCAUCAUUCAAUUUGCAUUCUAGAGCCACCAAACAAACAAAGUCGAUAGAGAACCAGAUCACAGAAAAUCUAAAUAGAUCCUUUCGCUUGGUCUUUAUCCAAAAGAACCAUUUUCAUUAUACAUCAAAAUAAAUUCAAAACUAGACAAAGUGUGUGAAAAUGAGGUUAUAAGCAUCGUUUUAGAGACAGUCCUCAGAUCUAAUAUGAGUCAUGGGACGUGUGGGGUUUUACUAUCACAGUUUACCUUCGUGUGUAAAACAGAGUUAGAGUGCUCCCCUCACCUAUUCUCUUUCUCACUCCUUAAUUGGUGUGGAUAAAAUUCUGUUGGGUGUUUAUAUAAACUUCACAUUUUUCAUCUUUUAGUACCAAGCAACCAGUUCAAGAUUACUCUCCCGGCAGGAUUUGUUUAAUUUUUUUUACAUCUGUUUAUUUUCAAUGUGUCAUUGCAAGGAGAGCUUCUUCACAGGCAGGGCAGCCGCGCAGCCGAGGAUGAUUUAAGAUAGAUUCUUUUUUAAACCUCUCUAACUGUGUCAUUGUUAUUAGAAUAUUUCAGCCCUUGUUUUAACAGUCCCUGAGAUUCUGCAGAUGUUGGCAUCGGGCUCUCUUGAUUUAGGAGGAAAAAAAACAGAGUGGCAUUUUUUUCAUUGUUUGACUCAAUAUGGAGAAGUUGCCCGGUUUGUACCGGUGAAAAGUACCAGGCAUGAUAUACAAGUGCUACUUUUAAUUCAAACAAUACCUGUUUUUUCUCUCGGUUGGCUCUGAGUACCAGAACAUUUUUAAACUAAAGACCAAGACAGGCACAUCACGUCAUCAACUUUCCUCAGCCCCCCAUCUUUAAAAUUUGAUGCAAGGUAUACAUAUUAGUUUCUGGUGGCUGCGGUGUCACAUUCUAAGUUUGUAUUUCAUUUUCUAUGUGGCAGCUUUGUCAGGAAGGUACUGUAGUUUCAGUUGCCUGCUGAGACCCCCGCCUUAGUCACUUUAGUUUCAUAUUGUCGCAAUCAGAAUCAGACUGUUUUUAGUUGACAGGUUUGUCUUGGAACUUUCUCUCAUCUCUGGUGUGAAUUAACACAAAUAAAUCAUGAAUGCUAGAAACAAACAACCUUCCUUUACCCAUUAUUAGGCUGCUAGCAUUUUCUAUAGUUCUCAUGUUUCAUUUGUCACAUCUCCUUUUUUUGAAGUUGCUUUCUUUUCAAACCUGCCUUGCAUACUCAUGCCUCGUGUCUGAUGUGAACUGGGGUCUUAUUUUUGAUUGUCAUGCUUUUUUGUGCUCUUCAGGUGGGCUGCAGCAAGGUGUACACCAGCACCUCCGAUGUCAUGACCCAUGAAAACUUCCAUAAAAAGAAUGCCCAGCUGAUCAAUGAUGGCUUCCAGAGAUUUCGUGCCACUGAGGACUGUGGCACAGUGGGGUGUCAGUUCUACGGGCAGAAGACUACACACUUUCACUGCAGGUGAAUGGGCCUGAUGGGGUUGAUUUUCCUUUACAUUAUUACCAUCUAUCGUUACAGUAUUUUUUUAAAUGAUUAUUUUGAUCAUUUUGAAAAAUACAUUCAAUUUGAUAAUUUUACAUGAAGCCCUUGGCUUGAAGAGCAUAAAUCACAAAUCUUUUAACAGUAGAUUUAGAGGAUCACUUGGUUAAUUCAUCAAACUCCCUCCCUGGAGUGUAUCCCCCUAGUAUAGGCUGCAGGUAGUGACGUAUCAAUGAGCUGCUGCUGCUGUGUUACGGAGCUGGCUCAGCUAUCAUUCUUUCAUUGCCAAUCCUUACUGCACCGAAGUACUGAAGUGGCUUCGUAACAGAGCAACAAAGCUUAUUAUAUUUUCCUUUUAUUUUCUACUCUUCUUUUCAGGCGCCCUGGCUGCACAUUCACCUUCAAGAACAAGUGUGACAUUGAGAAGCACAAGAGCUACCACAUCAAGGAUGAUGCCUACGCCAAAGAUGGCUUCAAGAAGUUUUAUAAGUAUGAGGAGUGCAAGUAUGAAGGCUGUGUGUACAGCAAAGCCACCAACCACUUCCAUUGCAUCCGCUCUGGCUGUGGCUUCACUUUCACCUCCACCAGUCAGAUGACCUCCCACAAACGCAAACAUGAGCGCCGUCACAUCCGCUCCUCUGGUGUCAUGGGCCUCCCUUCCUCCUUUCUGGCGCCGAAGGAUGAGCCAGAGGAAUCAAGCAACGAUGACCUGAUGGACUUCUCAGCCAUUAGUAGCAAGAACUCCAGCCUGAGUGCCUCGCCGACCACCCAGCAAUCCACCACUGUACCACAUCUAUUGGCCACACCCACCACUGCAGUCUCCUCCUCCCCUACAUCAGGCCACACCCUCAAACCUGCCCCCUCGCUGCCUAGCGCAGGCCAGCGUAUGUCCAACCUGCUGUCCCAAGCCCUGCCCAGCAACAUGCCGGUGGCCCUCGCUCUAACCAACAGUGGACUGGCCGCCUCCAACCCAUUCUUCCCCCUCAUGCCCCGGCUGCCUCUACAACCACCUCCGCCAGCCGCAAGCCUGAUUUCAACUGCCUCCUCUGGGUCCCACUCCAUGCCCACAGACUCCCUGACACAAGGGUGCUCCACAGCAGGAGCAGACGGUGCCAUGGCAUCUACCCCAACCUCCUUUGCUACCGCUUCCAUCAUGGAGAAGAUCUCUGCAAGCAAAGGCCUGAUAUCACCCAUGAUGGCCAGACUGGCAGCUGCUGCCCUGAAGCCCUCCCACAACCCAGACAUAGGUCAGUCACUUCACAUUUAAGAUUUAACUUUCAACAGAAUUCAGAUUAAUAAUUCUUAAAAAAUUGAACUUUUAAACAUUUGAUCAAACUGGAAGUAAAGAUGAGCUUUUCUUUGUUGCCCCACUUAGAAACAGGAAUACUGACAUUUUGGACAAGCAAUAACCCUUUGAGUAAAGUCAGCAUACAGAAAGAGUAUAGUGCAUGUAUUCCAAAAGCCACAUCCUUUUUUUUUUUGUCGGUGAGGACUUCACUCAGCAACAGUCAGAGAGGAGUGAGUGCACUCAGAGGUCAUUUCUAUCACUAUCCCACAGUGGAGAAAAAGCCAGAAAAAACGGCUGCUUUCAGGCUUUAAGGGACAUACCGGAGGCAUGGUCCUCUGCUCUCGGCUUGUUAUUGUGUUGAUCGUUUGUUAGAUACCCACAAUCCAUUUGGAGAUAAAUGCGCUGACAGGGGAGAGUAGAGCCUGUAAAAGUCUCUUAUGAUGUUCAGAGUGGGGGCUCCUGGGGCUUGUGUCGAACAUGUUUCCUCAUCAUUGGUCUCUUAUCUAUGUCUGCGCCCGUUCCAAGCAAAUGGAGGUGGAAUGAAAUUAAGUUCAGAAAUUGCGAGAACAAAAAAAAAAAAGUUUUUUUCCCCUUUUCUGUAUCCGCUAUGCAAACUGAUAAAACAACAGGAAUCGCUCAGGCAGAAAUGACUCAAUGCACCCGAGCUGAGGAAGUUUUUUUUUAUUCACUGAUACAAGAACUCUGACACACUUGCAUGCAUCAGUAAAGACACAAUUUUUGACUUUCUCGAAACCUUCUGUUUGCACCAAAACAUGUCAAUAUCUAUUUAGCAUAAACACAAUUCACAUAAAUUUUGGAGGUAAUUGCCUUGUCUUUGUUUAUCAUACGACUCUAAACAAAGCUCCUGGAAUUGAAAAUGAAGUUAAAGCAUUAAAUUGAUAAUGCACUGCAGAGCACAGUUUUGCAUGCAGUAACAGAGGGGCCUCCUGUGCUGAGCCUGAGCAGGUGGGGUGCAGAUUGUAAAUGGGGGAGCAUCUCCGGAUGUUGGGACUGGGAAGGAUUACAAUUCCUAGUGGUGUUCCUGGAGCAGGACAGGCCCUGGGAGAGAGCUGGGGCAGCUGCUCCAGGGAGCUGAGCUGAGCGCAGGCUGUCAGGCUGAGCUCCACCUCUGGGCUUCCAGCAGGUAGUCUGAACACUGGGAAGGCCCCCACUGAGGGUGGGGCCUCUACAGAUGGUGCCUUCUUCACCACCCCUCCUCUUGUCUCACAGAGAGGCUGAAUUUCAGAUCUCUCUGCUGUAUAACAAAGCUGGUUUCAAAUAAACCUCUCCACCUCAAAACUAAAGCCAGAACAUAAAGUUCAGUGCACUUGUAGCUGUAGUUUUGUUUCUCUUAUUUGUUUCAUGAAAUGUGUGAACAGGACAUUUGGGGCUAAAUUGAGGAGGAAGUGGUUUGUGCUUCUCUAUCAAAAAGGUGUGAGAAAAGUUUCUGUGUUUGUGGCUAUUUUUCACACAGUAAUUUUUUCACAGGGUUGUGAAACUUCACCUCUAUUGAGGUGAAUUUUGCAUUUUUCCUGUUUCUGCUUUCUGUAUAUUCUCAGUAGUAGUUCUUUUCAUUAUUAUUACAAGUGUUCCGCUCUAAUUUACCCCUAAGUGUUUUUGCAGAGAUUCAAGCAUCUGAAGGGUUUACUAAUUAGACACACAGUACAAAUGAUCUUUCACUAGCUCUGUAUCUUAUCCAGGGUAAUUACACGGUGAUACAUUAUUCCUGGAUAAUUUCCAGAAAUAAGCUGCUUUGAGUCAAAGCCAUUUGUUCUCCCUCUUUUGGAAGUGAAUAGAAAAGAAAUCACUUCAUGGUGUUCAAGAAAAUGAGAGACUUUUGUCUUUAAAUCAACCUGAAAUCAUCUGCUUAUCAUUUUAUGCUGUAAAGGAAUGUUUUAAUUCUACCGGUGAUCAUGUGUAGAUCACAGAGCAAGUAGCAACUCAUGAUAUAAUGUGCUUUCAUUUGGUCUUAGACUUGAUUUAAUUGUCAAUGACAAGGGAGGAUCUGUCUGGCUAGUUAAUUUUGGGUGUACUCACAUGAAGUUGGGGGAGGGAGAGAGUGCUGGAUAGAGACUUGGUAAGCAUUCAUUGACCUCAAAGCUCAAACCAGACGCAAAAUUGUUUGACUGCUGUUUUGUUUUAGCCCCACCCCAACCCCACCUCCAGCCCUUCCAACCUCAGCCUUUGUCAAACUGAACUGACACUGACACUGACACUUCCCCAUCUCUUAGCUUUCAGCUGACAAGGCCCAGGACUGGCUUUUCUACUCCUAUUCUCUUUGAUAUGUCUUAGGGUUAUCUUGGAGCAGGGGGGAACUCUGCUCAGUUUUCCCCUUACAUAGGCUGGCCUUGUUUUCUCUGGAGCAAGAAAAAGGAGAGAGGCCUUACCAGGCUGAGGGCCAAGGGCAUACACUUGGUUGACCAUGACCUUGCCUGUCACUAUCCCUCAGCAGCAGCCACCUAAACAACAGAUUCCUCACCAAACAGAUCAGGGCUGCUGAUGCUCUCCAGCCUCACGGCAUCCUAGAGGCUACACCAGGGUCACCCCUCCUAUUUUUUUAAAUAAAACAGCACUUAUUGUCUGACAAAAGCCCGGCUUUCUCUUUGUAGCCCCAGGACAAAUUAAUAUUUAAUCCCUGGGGGAUUGGGGGAUGGGGCAGAAUUCACCUUCCUGUCAGCAUUUUUACCCCAAGUCAUCCCCUGGUCUUUAUUUAUCUCAUUUCAAUCCUGCUGUCCUCACACACAGCAUCCACUGAAUACCUAUUUGGAGGAGAAUGUGAUCGAGAGGUCACGCUAUUUGAACCAAUCUGAUUGGCUGUCAGCUCCAAUCUGACCGACAUAGCACCCCUGUUCCUUGUGGGUACGCUCAGUGGCACUGGCUGCCGUCCGUUGUCAGGCCAACAAGGAGCCUUGGAAGGUGGGAAGGGAGGGGGGUGGCCAAUCUAAGACUGCCACUUUCCCUCAGCAUUAGCAUCUCACUUAAUGACCAGUUAAGAGGCAGCCUGGCAAAUGAGUUGUGACAAGUGCUGCAGAAAAAGGAGUCUUUUUCCCUCAUAUCUCCCGCCUCUCAAUCACCAUUUAAAAGGUUUGACGGCCUGACAUAAUUUCGCAAUAAUUAUCACUCCGAGUAUUCUUUUCGGGCCGGGACAGAAGUCAGAUUGGAUCUCGUCAUAGCAUAAUAAUGCUGACCAACAAUAACUUUGUUGUCUCUUCUCUCCUCUGCUUCUUGAUCCUCAGGGAAUGGGAAGUUGGCUUCAGCCAGCCAGUUCAAUCUGGUUCAAGUGAAGCAAGAGCCUGUGGAUACCAACUCUGGGGCCUCCCAAGACUCCACACAGGAACACAGCCUUGACCUGAGCAAAAAGGAUCACAGGUACAGAGCUGCACGGCACAAAGGGGGGUACUGCUGUGCUAAAAUUAUCCAUGUCAAAUUCAUCAAGUACAUUCAUUUCAAUUAACAAGAAAAUAUUUCUCUCACUGACAGUGGACAGACAAAUUAAUACUAGCAAUUAUUAAUUUAAAAAAUACCUUGUUCUUAGGCAUCUGUGUACAACUAGAAAACCCACAACAUAUUUCUCCUUUUUGGAGCACCAAGGAUGUUUAUAUAAACCUGCAUCUCUAAUCAUCCCUCCAACUCACAGUAGAUCUUAUUUCUUAAGAAGACAGCAUUUUUCUUCUUCAUUAUACAGGCACACCUUGUGUGAUAAAUAGUAAUAUUUACUGUUCUCAUGCAAAUCUUGACUAAACAUUGUUCAUUUUCCUUGUUCCAGUAAUGAAUCAAACGGACACCUUGUACCAGGGAAUACAUCUCUUUUAUCCUCGCUUAUGAAUAAGGUAAGAUCCAUCCAUCAAACGCCUUUCAUCCAAAGACAAAUUAGCGGGACACGGAGGGGCCUGUUUGUUUUUUAAUGUUUCACCGCUAAUAAGAUGAGUUUGUAUCAUUUAAAUUUUCCAGCCAUUUUUCAUACAGUGUAAUUUUCACCGCACCUCUCACAAAUUAAUAUAAUGAAGCAGUAGCUGGGUGCCAUGCCAGAUAUAUAGAGAUGUUUGUUUUUUGAUGAGCUGUUUUGAACUCGCCGUCCAUUUUUUCUCCCCCUUUAUACUUUUUCUUCCCCUGCCUCGCUCCACGGUUAUUUAUAGAGUUUGUAAAUUAUUUGAUUAAAAAGUCAGAGGGGGAAAAAACAGGAAGGCGCUACCCUCAUUUUUUACCAAGUCUAAAUGGUAGCGUAUGAAAAUUUAAACGAGUAUUUAUUUUUGUGAAGAUUAAAAUGGACAUUGUCCUUAUCAUAAAUCUUGUCUGAUUGAUACAAAUAUGCCAGGUGGUUUCCAUCACACUGAUGAUGUAAUGGCACACAAGCCUCCAUUUUUUUCUUACCCAUGCCAACUUAUCAAGACCUCCUCUCUCCCCUCCCUACACAUGUCGUCUUUUUAAACUUUCCCCAGGAGAGCUUUUCUUGACUGAUGCUCUUCUUAUAGCGGUCAUAAAAGCCAGACAGUGAGGGAGCACGCAGACCUGUUGUCCAACAGCUCCUUGUGUCAUGUCAGCUUUUGGGGCUUUGAGUCUAGCCACCAUUUCACACAAAAGGGUUAACAGUCUCUCCCGGAGGAUGCUUGGCAAACAUGCUUGGCCUGCUCUCAAGCAAAAUCCUGGAUGUUUGUAAAUCUGGCAGCACUUUAUUGCUUUGCCAAAUGUUUGUGUGUGUGUAUGAUUUAACUCUCACACUUUCUCUAACAAAUGCAACUGCCCAGCCUACGUAUGCUCAGCUAACGCAGCAGCUGGUUGUUUAUCUCCGUGUCUCUUUGUAGAUGUCACAGGUGAACCCUGCCCUGUUCAACACCAUGAACCAAAAGAUGGAGCUGGAGGCGAGCCAGGUCAGCAGCACCCCAGAGGCUGCACAUUAUCUGAACAGCGUGCUGAAGAGGCCCAUGGCAGAAAAACCCACUGAGAUCUGGAGGAAAUACCUCCGCAGGUACAAAGUGUAAAGAUGAUCAGAAAGCUGCUGUAGUUUCAGCCGCUUUGUUAUGUGUGACGGGUUGACUUCAGUCAUGGGAAAACAGAGUAAUCAAAUGUAGCUGGAAGGCCUUUUUUCUGUGAAUACUACAAAGUGCAUGAAGUCUAUCUGGAAACCCCCAGAGACAUAAUAAAUUUGGUUUUACGAGAACUUUUAAAAUGACUAUCAGACCUAAAACAUUUACCAUCAGAUAAGAUCAUCGACCAGUUAUCCUGUUAUGUGCUGAAUUUUUCAGAAAGCAGUGCAUUAACAUUCUGCUUUUAUUUCCUAUGCCAGAUUUGACACAGAUGACUUCUGUGAGGCUCAGUGUGACUUCCUUCAGAAAGUGCAUUUUCACUGCUUGGUAGAGGACUGUGGUGCACUCUUCAGUACUGUGGAUGGGGCCAUCAAACAUGCCAAGUGAGUUUCACUGUGUUACCUUAAAGUUAACCUUCCUCCCGGGUUAGCUUUUACCACACACCCACUAUGCUAAGGGUCAGUUUCGAUCUGUGUCUUAAAUCAGCUGUAAACUACACUCAAAACAAUUCCCUAUCAUCCAAUUUGGUUCUCAUCUCUAGGUUACCUUGCUAGGCUUCAUUAUCCAUGAAAAUAUUGCUGAUAAUAUUUUUUGUUGUGGGCCUCUGGGCCUUUCUUUGUCAGUAUACCCACAAACAUCUCUACUAAAUUGAUCUCAUACGUCUGGACAUGCCUGACAUUGUUUUUAUUUGUGCAGGGAAAAAGACAGCAAAAUAAGAAUUUCCUAAAUCUGACAUGAUUGGAAGAGGAUCUGACUGUCAGUGUGGUGCCUGACAGUUCACUUAUGAUUUUUGUUUUUGCUCCUAUCAUUUGAUAUUGAUCUAACCGGGUCAACAGUGACCCUAACACAACAAGUGCCAUAAUUUUAAUAAGAGCAUUUUAUAAUUUAUUUUAUAUAAUUUUUUAUUUUUAUUUUGUUGAGAUAGAGGCUCCUGACAAAGUCAAAAAGUCUUGAUGCAAAAAAGCUAAUUUAUGUGGUUCUUUUAAGAAAUUAAAAACAAAAACGGGUCGGUGCAGACCCUAACACAGAAGGAGGGAUAAAAUAAUUAUAAGAAAAGUUCCCCUUCCACUUAUUUUGCCCUUUGCUUUGCUGAUUAAUCUAAAAGUGUGUCUCCAUCUGAUUUUUUAGUUUCCACCUCCGAGCCACCUUGAAAGUCAAGUCAGAGCCUCAGUUCGGUGAGGGCAAGGACAACAGUGAGGGAGCACAGCUGCAGCCUGCUGCCCCUGUCUCGAUUGCCAACAAUACUUCUGUGGAUGCUGCGCACCUCACCUCUUCUGGUGGCUACAGCUCUCCUCCUCCCUCCCUCCUGGCCUGGAAGCAGCUGACUGGCAGCAUCCCUCAGAUGCCAGCCUCGAUGCCCAACCUACCAGCUAACUCCCCUUUAGCCACCACUUCCCUAGAGAAUGCAAAGCCACAAGUCAAACCUGGUUUCCUGCAAUUCCAGGAAAAGUAGGUGGACAUAUAUUUGUAUAGAAUAACUUUAUUUUACGGUAUGCUGAGGUCUCAGAGUCUAAUUGAGCCGUAUCAAUACAAUAAUGAUUCCUGUUUUUAUUUAUGCAGUGAUCCCUGUUUGGCUACUGACUGUAAGUACUCAAACAAGUUCCACUUUCACUGCUUGUUUGGGAAUUGCAAGUAUGUGUGCAAGACAUCUGGCAAGGCCGAGUCCCACUGUUUGGACCACAUCAACCCCAACAACAAUCUGGUCAAUGUCCGUGACCAGUUUUCCUACUACUCUCUCCAGUGUCUGUGUCCCAACCAGGUGAGUGUGGCUUUAGAACUGAGCCAGGAGCUGAAUCACCAACUGUCAUCCUGCAGAGUUUUCUAAGCAUGAAGUAUGCUAUCUAUUAGACCAGUGUUUGAGGUUAUUUGACUCAAGGCUUUCACAACCGCUGCUCCCCAUCUUCCAUCUCUGCUGAAAAAGACAGUUGACUCACCCCAGUAAUGCCUGUUUAUAUGUCAAUGAUGUCAUUUUGACUGCCGCAUUCUCCUCUCAGAAAAGGCCAAUUUAGCUGAUAUUACCCAAUAAAUCAUUGUCACUCGCACAGUAAACAAGGCUGUCUGGAAUAGGGCAAAAAUCAGGGGAAUGCUCCGCAAAUGAAACCUAAAUGGCAGCCCUUGCCUGCUCUCAUGAGCCCGUAUUUGGAAAACCGUUUAAAUGAAUUCAUUAAUGUGUUGAAAAUCACCCCUCUCACAAAAAGUCCCCCUCGCUCUGCCUCCCCCUCCUUCUCCUCCUCCUCCCCUCACCCCGUAGUCUCUUCAUUGCCUGAACAGAGCAGAUCUUAUUUUGCCCAUUCCUUUGGGAUCUGGGCCUCACAAACAGAUGGUGGUGUAGACAUGUUAGGAAGGAGGGUGUUUGUGGGAAGCCUGGAAAUAAAAAGUCAUCAUACUUAAAAAUGUGGGAUGUUCCAGCUGAGCUGUUGAUUAUGUUUUUCGGGGAAUUUGUGGGUAGUGUUCACUUUUGGUUUGCAUGAAAGAUUGGACGAUCAACUUCACUCUCAUCACAUUUGACUUAUGAAGCUGAACAAUUUUGUGUUUCUUUUUGCAGCAUUGUGAGUUCAGAAUGAGGGGCCACUAUCACUGUCUGCGGCCAGGCUGCUUCUUUGUCACUAACAUCACCACCAAGCUGCCGUGGCACAUCAAGAAGCACGAGAAGGCAGAGCGCCGCGCUGCCAAUGGCUUCAAAUACUUCACCAAGAGGGAGGAGUGUGGCAGGCUGGGUAAGAAAAUAAAAAGUGAUCUUAUAAGUUUGGAUUGCCUCCUGCUUUUUGACUUUUGUUUUCAGUACAUCAUUACAUAAGCUGCUCAUAUCUACGCUCUAGCUCUUGAUAAUAUUUUACCAGCAAAGAUGUGCUAAUGCGUGUUAAAUUGUGAAAGAUGUGGAUUGAUUUUUCUGUGGCCGUGUUUACAAAAGGACAGAGAACAGUGUUGGCAAACAGGGUGUAAUGCUUUUUUGGUUGUUUAAGGGGCGUGAAAAAAGUCUGCCUCAUAGGUUUUGCUGCUGUGUUUCGCUUAUUCACAGUGGCAUCUCAAGUCCCAGAGGUAGUCUUGCCAGUACUAUAUGAGCAAUAACGUCAAAGGGGGCAAUCACAUCCAGGUUGUUUUCUUCUUCCUUUUGCCCCUGUCAGAAAUGAGCAAUUAGGUUUGUGUUUGUUAAUUAUCCGGCUUGUCUGGUUUAGCCUGUUUGUGUUCUGAAGCUGCGCCUCACAGCCACUGCUGCCAUCACACAGAAAUGAAUUAAAAGUGAUCUGUUUUUUUCAGGCGGUUACACAAGCUUUUCAAAACGCAGAAACAAAGCAAACAAAAACAGGCCCUAAACAGCUGUUUUUUGUCCCCAGCCUGAUCUGCCAACUGUAUUGUUUGGGCGCAGGGAAAAAAAUAGAAAGGAUUACCAUCGCUUGCACUCCAGUCAUAAAGAAUUGAUGGGUUGCCAGUAUCCAUGGCAGCGACAUUAAACUGAACACUGCUGAUGAUGUUACCUGGUUUCUGUCUCACAAAAGGCCCGCCGUGUCGCGGGGGUUACUGUUAUUUGCUCAACUUUGCGUGUUUAAAAUGUUGUGUGUGCAAAAGCUAUUUGAUGACACAGACGUGUUGUGCUCUUAAACUGGGUGCCAUGGUUACUGACAUGCUAGCACCUGCCCAGCAUGUUACUCUUUCAAUUAUUUCUGCCUGCUUUUAUAUAAUGGUAUUUGAUUAACAGGCACAAAACAGAACAUUCAUUUAAUUUGAAAUCAUAAAGCAAUUAGAGCUAGACCUGUUAAAACACAAGAAAAGAAGAGAAGAAUAUGCAGUAGACAGCAGUACAAUGGAGAACAAAAGGGAAAAUGACAACAGAGAUACUUUGAAAAAUGAAUUUAAUAUGGUAAUAAUUGUAUAUUUACUUUGGUUUGCAGGGGUGUGUGCAUUAUUGGCCCACAGAAAAUGAGAAUUUAUUUAUGUAAAUUCCUAAUUGAAUAAAGCAUGUCAGUGUAAUAAAAGAGCUCCACAGGUUUAGUGCACAGAAGCCUUGACUUGCUCAGUGUGACACUGGAGUGAUCUAAUAUUCCUCCUACAUGUACACUCGGAAACACUUUGAAACCCGAUCCCUCUUUUGUCACAGCCAUAUCAUAAAAUUAAGGAAAACUAAAAAUAUUUCAGUUUGUGUUUGAUCUAAUCUGUACACCCUCUCCCUGAUGAUAUUGCCUUUAGUGGAGAAGCUGUUUUUCAUAUGUCUCUCGAUGACUCACGGAUAAUUCAAUCUGCAAAGGGAGAGUUUUACUGCAGCUUCUGGUUUUUCUUUGCGCAGGUUGUAAGUAUAACCAAGUCAACAGCCACUUUCAUUGCAUCCGUGAGGGUUGCCAGUUCUCCUUCCUGCUGAAGCACCAGAUGACCUCACAUGCCCGCAAACACAUGAGGCGGAUGCUGGGAAAGAACUUCGACAGAGUCCCAUCCCAGGUACAAACAUUUGACACAUGCCGUUCAGAAAAUGGUAAUUAUCUGAAAAUAUGAGCUGCUCACCUCCAGGUGUUGAAUAGUGAUGAAGCCAAACACCACACACCCUUUUUUACGAGUCUAAUGAGCUGUUUAUGGUGCGUAUAUAUUUUAGAUCUACUUUCCCAGGCCUUUAGACUUAUUGAUUUGUUUUUUCUACUUCUCACUGUAAAAACUCUGACAAUGUUAAAGAGAAAAAAAGGGCAUGUAAAUAGAUUUGGUGAAAAAUACAAAAAAAAGAAGACUUUUUACAAACAGUGCUCAAAGAAUAGAUGAAAAUAAUUUAAAACCAAAUCAAUCUUUAAGUUUAUUGAAAUUCCAAAAAUUACUGAUUACUGAUUAAAAUGUCCUUUUUUGUUUUAGUAUUCACUGCUCAAAUAUAACAUAGUUAAGUUUUGUCUUUUUAUUUAGAUUCUGGAUAUUUUUAUUAUGCUUCAUUUUCUUUGUCUGAAGAGAAAAAGAUUAUUUGGUUUAAGUAAGGACAAAAAAAACAAAAAACAUUGCACUCAACCCAAGGGUGAAUCAUGAUCUCUUUUUGAUGACGUUUAUUUCAGGUGUUUUUUUAAAGAAACCGCAUUGGUACUUCAUGUACCUAACGUGAAUGUAGACAUGUGGAUAUUCUUGUUUUCUUCUCUUGUUUUGAAGCUUUAUUCUUUCAGAUUCCUUCCGUUGUCAUCAGAAAUAGUUGACUGUAUGCCAAGAGCCAACACCUGCAUUAAUGACUACAUUUAUGCAAAUACUUUAAUACAAACAUGCUUUUACAAUGAGGGUCAUCUGUUUCCAGGUGAUGCCCCACGGUCAGAGGGCAGAUGAGAUGCAGCAUGUGACCGGCAUGAUAUCUGGGCACGUAGCAGCCCAGUCCGGCUUUUCCUCCAACAUCAUGGAUGAGACUGAUGAUUACAUGGACUACAUGGGAGGAGGUGGCAGCCCCUUGGGCCUCUCUUCCGAGUCCUCCAACCAGGACCGGAGCUGCACUAGCACACCUGUAGGCCCUGAUGGUUCCCCAGCAGGUGAGAGACCGUAAAGAGCCCCCUCCCCAAACACCUGACAGGUGUCUGAGUGUCAGCAUGGAGGUCCCUACAAUAGUUUCGUGAGGAGUGCAGUCUAAGUUAUGUCACCCCUACAUUCUGCAUCCAACAUCAAGCUUUACGCAGCCGAAACUGCAUUACCCAAAAAAACAGCUACUUGUCAUUUCCUCCAUUAUUCAAUCAAGAACUUCAUGAUUACCUAGUUUGACACACAGUCAGAAGCAUAAUGACACAUCAGUCAUAAUUUAUGAGCCCGAUGACAAUGUUGUAUUCUUAUGUUCUGAGUCAUAGAUAACAUAUCUUGCAGUUUGCCUGGUCAUCGUCAUAAAACAUCCAUUUUGCACAUCAGUACUUUGAGUUAUUGCACUGUGUGUAGCUUAUUACAUUUGCCUUUGGCCAGAGAUCAUCCCUGUGGCUUGAUGUCUACUUUAGUGCUUUAAGUGGGCUGAAAUGUGGGACAAAAGAGGGCAGAGGAGAGUCAGCCUCUCUUCCCUCAAACCUGCUGAAUUAAAGGGUUCCCCCCUUUGCUUUUUUCUAAAUCUGAGCCUGUCUUUGAUAAUCACAUUUCUCCACGUGUUGCCAAUUUUAUCCACUACUCUCAUCACUGUUGUUUUGGCCGGUGUUUGGGUUACUUGUCUUGAAUGGGCCUCAUUUUGUAUCAUUCUCUUAUCUUUUAUCUUUCCCUUUUUACCUCCCAUCCCUCUGUGUGUGUAUGUGUGUGUGUGCGUGACUUGGCCCUUGUUUUUCGUGUGUGUACCUGGCUGUGUGUCUCCUUCCCCCUUGUCUGUCCUUCACCCUCUCUGGUCAACCUGUCUCUCCAGGACAAGGCUACCCCGCCACCACUUCUGCUCCUACCACCCCUGCUGACACUAGUGCUACCCAAAAUGCACCUACUUCCUCCCCUCCUCCACCUCCUCCCCCACCUCCUCCCCCUCUUCCCUCCGCUCCUCAGCCUGGCCUCCAGUCCCAGGCCCCAUCCCUCUCUCCCGCUCUCCUCCGACCUCCUCUCCCCUCACUCCCAUACCUCCUCUCUCCAUCCUGUCUGUCAUACUCUCUGCUCAGCGCCUCUCUGGGAGCCACUCGGAGUGUUGUCAUGCCAACCAACACACCAGCUUUCAGCCCCAUCAUUGCCACUCCGUCUCCGGUUAAAAAUGACGUCCCUAUAGUGCAGGAUGCUGCAGGUACUUAUCCCCGGCGCAAACCAACACUGCAGCUGUCACUCUCAAUUGAGUCUUCUGCAGCAUUAACUGUGUGAUCUCUGCACUAAUGUUGUGGAAAGAUGAGAAAAUAUAAGUGGCUUUCCAGCAUGCAAAAGACAACAUGAAUGUAUUAUUGAUGAAAUGUGCAUUCUUACUGAGUGUUAAAUUACUUCUCUUAUACCUUAGUCUGUGUCAGGGUUAGUAUUUUGGUAUUCGGCACCUGUAGUAGAAAUCCCGGGCCUUGUUUGGCUUCCAUUAACAAGGCUACAUCAGCAGCCUCUUAUUUAAUCACGCCUCAAGUUUUAUCGAGGCCCACCGCUUCCUGUCUAGCAGAACAGGGAUCACAUCAUUAGCAGUGACCCCAGGGUGUUGCAAAAGGUGGGUGCCCCUAAUAAAACAACAUGGAGAUAAGAGGGUCGGUUAAGACCCACAGCUCCGCCUCUGUUUGGAGGCAUGAGACACCCUGUAAAAGUGUCAUGUUCCAAAGUCAAUCUGUCAUUUUCCCCCUCCUUUAAUCAUUCUUGGAAUUAGGAAGAAAAAAUUGUGGCUCUCUGUGCUUACUCAGCUGUGAACCACUUCUGGCUGAGUAAGGUUGCACAUUAGAGUUUGAACCACGGCAGUCUGGUUCUCUUAUUUGCUUGUAGUUUGUGGGUUUUACUUUGUGAACCAGCUGAUUGUUUUUUAAUGCACUUGCUCUCUCUCUUUCCUUUUCUUACAGGCAACACCAUCUCCAUUCCCACUGCCACUGGUUCAAAGAAGCGCUUCUGGAUCAUUGAAGAUAUGUCACCAUACGGUAAACGCCGCAAGACUGCCUCAUCCCGUAAGAUGCUUGAUGAGGGGAUGAUGCUGGAAGGCUUCAGGCGCUACGACCUGUACGAGAACUGCAAGGACUCUGGCUGCCAGUUUUCCCUCAAGGUGACCCACUACCACUGCACCCGUGAAAACUGUGGCUACAAGUUCUGCGGUCGCACCCACAUGUACAAGCAUGCGCAGCACCACGACCGUGUGGACAACCUGGUCCUGGAUGACUUCAAGCGCUUCAAGUCCUCCCUCAGCUGCAACUUCUCUGACUGCCAGUUUUCAGGCAACAGCACCCACUUCCACUGCUUGCGCUGCGGCUUCCGCUGCACCGACAGCACCAAGGUGACGGCCCACCGUAAGCACCAUGGCAAGCAAGACGUGAUCAGUGCUGCUGGCUUCUGCCAGUUCAGUUCCAGUGUCGACUGCGAAGUUCCCGACUGCAAGUACAAGCUCAAGUGCUCUCACUUCCACUGCACCUUCCCUGAGUGUAAGCACACCGUGGUGGGCAUGUCUCAGAUGGACUCCCACAAGAGGAAGCACGAGAAGCAGGAGCGUGGUGAACUGCCAUCUGUGUCACCCCAACAGGAAGCGGUGCACCACCUGGGAGGAGGUGUGUCUGUAGUCCCUCCAGUCUCUAUGGGCCUCACCACGUCUUCACCUGGAGCCCUCCAUGCGUUGUCCCACCCCAUCAACAGCAGCGCUCGCUCCAUGCUCUACCCAACAAGCAGCAUUGGGUCUGAGUACAACCACUCGUACCCACCUUCCUCCAUUAGCCUGGACAGCUCCCUUAACCUGGGCACCGACACCAGCAGUUCCCUGUUCUUCCUGAAGAAUGCAGCCGGUCUGGGUCUCAGCGAUUCUCUGGACCUCAGCAAGAAGAUGCACCCAGACACAGGCCGAACAGGCCUCAAGCCCUCAACCCCGCUUGGUCUGCCGGCAGCUCAGGACGACACUACAGGAACGUCUGGAGAGGCUGAGGAUGACCUGUCACCUGAGGAGGAGGCACAUGCAGAGGAGGAUGAUGAUGAAGAAGAGGAGGAAGAGGAGGAGGCAGAGGAGGAUAUCAACACUGACUCAAAUGAUGAUUCGACAGCAGAGGCCGAUGGUGAAAAGAACAAUGGCGAAAGUUUCAAUGCUUCCGUUAACCACACUGAUUCUUCCCAACUGGAAAAGCAUGACGCUGACCCGUGA